AUGCGAGCACAAGAACAGAAGCUACAACAGCAAAGAGGACAUCGAACAACUAAUUCAACAGUCGCCUCUGAAAUUGAGAAAUCGCGAAGUGGACAUUUAUUUGUACGGCGAGAUGUUGAACGUCCCAGCUCAGGCGACGAACGCGUAGGUUAACGGACCAUUGCUUACUUAGAUGUGACAAUAAUCAAUAAAAGUUUAAAUACCGAACUUAGGGAAAGGUUUAAAAUCUUGCGUAAACCCAAAGUAGCAUGCAAUGACGAAGUUUAACUCUUCUAGGGCAUUUAAGUUUUAUUUACCUUAUACUACAUUGAGCUAAACGGACUAAGUUAUUAUGCAUCAUAAAACACCAUUGCCUCAAAUGGCCAGUUUACAAAAUGACUUCAAAUUUUCGGGGAUUUUUUAGUCCGACCACCCCAUAAAGCAUGAGGAAACUUAGAACAAUCAGGAACUUCCUGAUGGUACAGGGGUCCAAUACAUACAGUAGAUGUCCUAACUCACAAAAUGUCAACCAAAAUUUCGAAGGGCGUUCUCGAUUCGAAAAGAUAAUUUAAGUAGUGUUGUAAAAAUAAUCAGGAUGAAGCAUAAACCCAUAAUGAUCCAGUUACCCCAGGGUGUCGGCUUUCGAAAGAACUUAUUUUUGGCUGCAUGCAAGAUCUAUACUCUGAAAAAAAUGACUGAUUAUGUAGCAUGCAAUUUUCUCAUUGAUUUUCGAUGUCCUUGAUAAUGCAAUUAUAUUGCAUGGAAGGCAUGCAAAAAUAUUCAUUCUUUUAUCGAUUCGGUAGAAAAUCAAGUCUUCUUCCAAUUUCAUACUGAAAAGAAGAGUAGAAUUCGGUUUUAAAAAACUCUUUUAAUUCCCGAAUAAUUUUGAACCCGACCUGCUGUUACACUUGCAUUCAGGGUUUCAAAUCUACAAGCUGUAUAUUUUCCGUGUACAGAAAACCAUGCAUUUCUCUACGGUGUUAAGAGGAGACCAUAUGAGGUUCAUAAAACUAAGCAGUGGAUUUGAGCAAUAUUGUUAACUUUACAAGCCGCCUUUGUAAAUGCAGCUACAUGACGUUUCAUGAACGACCAUUUACCGGUAAUAAAAAAUCUCACAGUAUAUUUGCUUUAAAUUAUGUCAAACGGUUCUUUCUGUUUUACGGACACUAUCUUGAUGGAACGCAAUUUGCUGAUCGCGACUAAGACAAUGCCUGCGCAGAUAAAAACGCAUGUUUCGGAAAGCUGUUAGAAUCGCGGGGGUUAGAAUUGUAUCUGCCGGAAGUUUCGGUUUCCUGACUGAAUCUAACACCACAAGCACCCACAGAUAAGGGGGAUAAAACGCAUGUGGUGAAACUGCCAAACAUUUAUAAACGUUCCGUAAUUUGUGGCAUGCCCAACCCUUGCUGGUGACUGUGACAACUCUGUAAGGAUAAACAAGACGUCAGCAACGAAUAAGAGAGCUGCCGAUUAUGCUAGGUGUCGUUGUUUAAUACGUGGGCUUCAAAAAGUAUUGUAUUCCACUUGCCUCUGGCAACCUAAUUCGCAGCUGUAUGAUGGUAAACUUUAUCGGCAAUCGGAAUAGCAUAGUGCAUAUUCCUAUGUUCAGUGCGACGCUCAGAAAUAUAUACUUUAUGAGGACGCAAGUGAUAAUUGUUCUUCUUGUUACUUAUGAGAUUUUAUUCCCGUCGUUUAAUUUUGGCAGAUAGUUUGGCAUUUAAAAGGCUGCAAGCGUUUGGGCUUGUGCUUAGAGCGACAAAUGAUUAUCAUAUUCAUUCCACUAUUCAUGAGUCAUAAUUGGAUUGCGCGGCCAGCAUUUGACAAUCAGCAUAUCUUGCCUAGUAUAUACAGUAGGUGUAGUCACUCAUGAAAUGUCAACCGGAAUUCUGUAAUGUAUUUUCUUUUCGAAAAGAUUAAUUAAGUAGGCUUGUAAAACUAAUCAUCGCAUAGCACAUCGCAUAGCGCAUCGCAUAGCACAGCAAUUUAGUUACCACAGUAUGCUGGCUUUCGAAAGAACUUCGUUGAGACUGCAUGCAAAUCCACACUCUGCAUGCAUUUUUCCCAUUGGCUUUAGAUGUUACUAAAUAUUCAAAGAUAUUUCACGGAAAACAUGCACAAAAUAUUCAUUGCUUUACUUAUUCGGUUUUCUUUCAAUUUUAUACUCAAAAGAAGAGUAUAACUACGCUUCUAAAAAACCUCUUAAUGUUAAGAUAUUUUGAUACGUUGAAAUGUCUCGUCGUAAAGUGUCAUGUUUUCAAAUUCACCACUGUGGCUGUUAAUGUCAGUAAUGUAGCCCAACACCACUGUCAAAUUUUUUGAACACCAUACGGUCUUCUUUAUAUACCUAAGAAAUUUAUGGUUAUCCAAACACGGAAGAUUUACGGCUUGUAGUUUGGAACCCUGAAUGUAAGUGCAACGGCACGUCGGGUUCAAAAUUAUUUGAAAUUAGAAAAGUUUCUAAAACUAAAUUAUACCCUUUCUGGGAGUAUAAUAUUGAAGCAAGACGUGACUGUUUACCGGAUAAGCAAAAAAAUAUAUAUUUGGUGCAUGUUUUCCGUGAAAUAUAAUUGAAUUUGUAAGGUCAUCGAAAAUCAAUGAAAAAAAGUCCUGCUACGUAAGUGGCCAUUUUUUACAGAAUAUAGUUUCUGCAUGCAGCAGAAAAGAUGUUCGUUUGGAAUCCGGCAUCUGACAGCAACUGAAUUAUUGUAGAGGUAUACUGCAGGAUGACCAGUUUUACAAUACUACGUAAACAAUCUUUUCGAAACGAAAACCCAUUUCGGAAUUUCGGUUGACAUUUUAUGAGUUAGCCCACCUGUUGUAAAUUCAUGCAGAUUAAGUCAUGAUAGCAAUCCUAUUCAUGUUCUAGAUUGUCCUGAUUGCCAAAGAAAAAAAUGACAUUUUACAAGUGUUCACUUAGUUCAUCGAUGUCGAAUGCUUGAAUAAAUCUCGUUCCAGUUGUCAGAAGGAAUGCACGACAGCUGCAUUCUAUAAUCUCUUUGCUGCAUAUUCAUUUGUUUUUGAAACGUGUGCUUGAAGGUCAAGUAAGUGUUAGCGCCUUAGAAUCCUAAUUUAAAAACAUGCGACGGCCCAGUUAGGAAUGUCUGAAUAUUUGAAUAUCUUCCACUGUAAAAUGGGUGUGUUCGGAGAUCAGAAUCUAUAUUUUUUUCUCAUUGGAUAUAAAGCCAGAUUUAACUCUAGAAAGACGCAAAGAGACAAAAGAGUUCGGUGUUGUAGACAAGCGCAUAACGUCGUCGACACGCUAAGCUCACCUGGAAACAUGAAUGCGUUCAAAAAUGUAAAUUAAAAGGCUAUAUAUAGAAACUUCGUUGUUAUAUUGAUGUCGCACAAAAAUAAUUUGUCACUAGAUCCUGAACAUUUAAGAUGGCAAUAAAUGGGGGAGGCUUUAGUUCAGUUUGCAGUUAAAUUAAGAGAAAUGGUCUUUCGUUUUUUCCUUUUAAAAUCAUUUCUAACGAAAGUUUUUAUUCAGGCAAAAGUAUUCCGAUAGUUAUUAGCCGCAAAACCAUUUCGACAAACAAUACACUGCUUUAUUUGCAAGCAUGUUCAGAGCGCAUCUUAAUGGAAAAGAUAACAGCAACAGUUUUUAAACCUCCCCAGCUUCUUGAUGUCCCGGUUGGCAAAAGUUUACUUUCUCAAAAUAGCAAAAUCAUUUACUCUACUCAAAGGCUAACCACGUAUUUACAAAAGUGGUCUUGUUUAUUUUAAAGCUUGAGCAUGCAAACUGGGGAACACAAUGACUUUACUUUGUUAAUGGGAAACGUGAGCCCUUCUGUCUCCAAAUUGCUGCGUAAUAAGGACCUAUCUGACUGCACAGCACCCUAGAACAUUAGAACACCUGAUCCGAAAAGUGUAUUGUUGUAUAUAAAAUUUACGAAAUUUACAUUUUAUUAUAUUAUUAUAUAUUAUAUAAUUAUAUUAUGUAUUAUAUAUAAUAUAGUACAAUAUAUAAUAUAUAUAGAUAAUAAAAGAACCUAGGUGACUGCACAGCACCCUGGAAAAUUCGAUUACUGGAUCUGAAAAGUAUAGUGUUGUAUGUAUGUUGUUUUAUUAAUUUUAUUUUAUCUAUGGCUUUUUUAAUACUCUACAUUGGAUAACUGCAACACCUCCAGUAAGUAGCCAUUCGACGAUCAAAAGUGAAUUGCUAUGUGCACGUCGGUCCCAUUGGAAACGUUGUAUGCAUUCUUGACAUGCGUUCUAGAUAAUGUCUAAGAGGUUUGCACGCAGGUUAGCCUUCCUGCUGUAGGCAGCGAGCGUUGCCUUUCCAACAUAUUAAAUUUCCAAUCAGGGCAGGUCUUUUGAUAUGUUUGUUUCCAGACCAGUCUCCUAUGCUAAGCGUUGCUCUAUCCUUACAGUCCAAGGACGAUUCACCAACGCGUGUGCUGAUUAAACGUACCGCUGUGUCAACACAAUCGCUGCGUAUAAACAGCGGCAGCAUUUCCGCGACCGAUCAGGAAUUAAAUGAUUCGCCAACUGGUAUGCUAACUCCGUCCGCUGUUUCACAUGAUUCCAGCAACGGACUAACUUCCAGACAUUCUGGCAGCGCAUGGAUAAAACGGUCAGUUUCUACCAAUUGUGACUUAAUUACUGACAUUGUCCAAACGCGUUUCCGCUCGACAACGUUUCAUACUGUCUACAAUUAUGAACGCACAGACAUGUAAAUCAGCGCUGAGAACUGCAUUUUUGGAGAGUUAUUCGUUUGCAAGCGUCCUAACUUAAAAAGCGUUUUGAUUGGUAAAGCAAUCCGUACACAAAAUAUUUUUUUAAAAAAGAUCAUCAAGGAAAUAACUCAACUGCAUUAGAUCACCUUACAAUUCACAGGGACUUCGCACUAAUUGAAACGAUGUUUUCGAAAAUACUCAUCUCGUAUAAGUACAAAAGUACAAACAUUUAACUGUAAGUACACGUUCAUGCCAUCAUAGGACAGAAUUACAGCCUUUCCAUGUAAUUAAGUUCGCGUAAUUUCGUGCGGUUUUAUCUGAGGAAAAUCUUUUAACCAACGCCAUAAUUUUAUGCAAUAAACCACCCAAUUUUUGAAUAAAAAACUUUUAUAAUGCACACCGGUCCGAAAUUAUUAUAGACAAUAUAAUCUGGUUAUCUUGGUAAAUUCAAAAAUCUGCAGGUGCUAUAAAAUUGUAAUUAUAUAGACAUGUAUACAAAAUUGAUUUUGAUUUUUAGAAACAGUACACAGCAUAAUCGUUACCUGGAGAUUCCAUUUAUUUGUUUGCGACCUGAAAUUAACUUUUCCAGCUUUUUGAAAUCAAAAUUGCGUUUUUUCUAAAUUCAUCUAUGCCGCAACACAAUUUACUCAUCUUACUCCUACCUAUGUUUAAAAUGGAUGACGUACGUCUGCUCGGUGAUUUAAUGGUGUAGCAUUCUCAUUUAUCAUUUAUUGGGGCAAAUAAACGUAUGCAAUUUCACAUGAAGUAAAACGCUGAAAAUUAUGCCUCGUUUUAACUAAGACAAUGAUGUUGCAUCAUUAAUAAAGGUUUUUUAUUAUCUAAAAGUAUACUUAUUACAAAGGAAAUUGACAAAAACACUACAGAUGUCACGAUAAUACCGAUUGAAAGUCUUUAAACAGCCAAAACCUCAUCGGCGCUUGCAGCCUAUUACUGGUCUUAUGUUAACCUCAUCCAUUUCCAAUCCUUGAUGCCUGCAUACACAACCAAGUCUUGUCUACUGCUUGCGAAAACAUAUUUUUAAUAAUGAAACGCUUAAAGGACAGCAAAGACUACAGAGACGUCAGACGAGAGUAAAUCUUGAAACCUCGUAUCCCCUUUUGCAAACCUAGCUUCUAAUCAUCUUGAAAAAAAUUCAAAUAAGACUGCUACACAAAUUAUCCGGUCAAAUGGUUGCAACGUGCGAUAGCGUGCAAAGAAGAUUAAAUUUACUGCGCAGUGACCGUGUGGCAAAGGAAAAUACACAAAGGUUUCAAGGGCAAGACGAGUACGAAAGAGGACAAUAAAGGUUUUAGGGCCAUAUCAUUGAUUUCAGCCUUGAUUAAGUCCGAAUGGUCGCAUGAUGAUGCCCAAAACUUUUAAAGAUAUUGUUAAAAAAUAUCCACGAUCACGGUUUGCCUCUGGAUAUGAUUGGCAGGAAAUACAGAACUUGGCUUAGGAUGAUCAAAGCAGGCGCGGCCUCAGAAUUGCGUUGUUUUUGCCCUACAAAGUGUCACUGACGCUCGUUAGUAAUUUAUUGGGUUCACUUUCGUGACUUGACAAAAGCAGAAGAUGGGCGUUCAAAAAGAGCAAAAACAGGGUCAUAGCCUCUUCUGAAGAGUAGUCCACUUUCUAGUGCUAGAAUGUUUAGGCUUUUCUGUGCGGCAUGCCCGCAGUAAAUCUUCAGAACGAAACUGAAUAAUUUAGGCUGUCGGACGGGUUGCAUUGUUUACGGGUCCUAAGAAGGAAUCACUGGAAAAGACGUUGUAUGUCCAAGAGUAAGUUUUUAGGGACAUGGUAUUCAAAUGGGGAUUUUAUGACAACGGGAUAUAUUUAUGCAAUCCGGCACUUCAUAUUGCAAAACUCCGCAUGCCUCCCCAUCUGAUAUAGUUAAUCAAAUAAAUAUUAAAGUGUAGCAUAAACUUUUUUUUAUGGUCUGCUAUCAAUAAAGAAAUAACUUCACGCAGAUUUCACAAACGACAACUCGCAGACGGCUUCAAACGCUAAAGAUUACUGUUUUUUCCUAAAAACGCGUCCAAAGGAUCCAAAUUAUUUACAUGAUUGCAAGAAGUAUUUGUUACCCUGAUCAUACUUCAUUAUCUAUCAUUAAGAGUCCAAAAACACCAUAAAAUCGAGGAGAAAAAAGCGUAAAAGUCAAGAUUUCCAAUAUUAUAUACUUCAUGCGCCACUUAGCCAGACGGAAGAAACCAUAAAAUUGGAUUGCGUAGGUGACUGCUAUACCGCAUAAAAUCCUUAAUGCAAUACUCCAUGUCAAGUAACGCGCCUUAGUAUUUUUCUUAAAAUCAUUUUAAAUACUUUUUCCUUGGAUCGUCGGGCGAUAUACAAACAGGAAGCUAUCCGACCUCGCCGCCUAAACAUUGUUGUGCGAUUUUCUACACUGGUAGACUUUAUUUUUGACUUUGGUGUAUCAAUGACGAAUUUAGCAUUACCAAAUUUAAACUGUUUGCAAACUUUACUUAACAUCAUAGUGACAUCUGCUCAGGUGGUGGUGAGCGUUAAAAUAACGACCAUUUGAUAUCUAUAAGAUCUGUUAGUCCUCAAAAAUAGCAACAAACUUAAAGCAACUGUUUACUGCGGGUUGACCAAUGUUUUGCGUAGCAAAAACUGUCAGCUUGAGUGCCCCCCACUUUGCGCAAGGCGUCUACAGACGAACUGAAUUCCCGUAAACGUCAUAAGAUCAGCAGCUAAGCCGGGCGUUUUGCUCGGAAAAUGCCGGCAAAAAUAGAUGAAAAAAAGUCCGAGCGUGAAAGACAGGCCUUAACGCCAACACCUCUUGCUAGCGUUAUCAUAAAACUCGGAAAAACCCUAGCUCAAAUUGUGACUGUAUUGGUGGCCAGAACUUUAGCAAUCAGCCGCCUGAUAUAUCAGUUUAUCAGAAAUUAUUUAUUCAAAAUAAUGCAUCGAGGCACGGAAAUAUACUUUCGUGAAACUCUUAAGUAAUUUGAGACAACAAUACACAUACAUGAGCGCAGUCUUCAGAAAAGGUGUGGGCCAUUCUCGCUACUAACGCAAACAUCCAAGAACGCACAAUCCCUGUCGAGUGCUUUUUGCUACAGUCAUUAUAUUACACAAGCACUUGACUUCAGAUUUCCUGCGGUAAAGGUGUUUUUACUCUUGAAGCAAACAGAAAAAAUUGUCCUCUAUAUUCUCCCAUUAAGGCAAUACGAUUUUACACACUCCAUACUACUACUUACACAAGAGUUAACACGUAAAGUGUUAAGAAAAGAAUGAUGCCCGUGUCUUGUAAAACAUUUAAGAGAAAACCGACCGUGAAAACAAUACCCACCUUUUUUUAAAAAAAACAAAAUAUUCUAAUUAUCCAAGUUGGGUUUUUACCGCGUCUGACGGUGUUCAAGAGCGUCUCUCCUCCUAAAUGGUCCCCCGGGGUGGUUGCCGUGAUGGCACAUAUUUUUCCCGGGUGGUCCCUGGGGACCGCGUCCGGAUUUCAAAGUCCGUCAACCCCAUGCCUGUAGUCAUAAGGUUUGAUGGUCUUAUUCCGACAAUUCUUCUUAAGCUCUGUAGUCCAUAUCCGUCGUUUCUCUUCUUUUUCUUUGUUUUCGCUAGUCUGCACUUGUGUGUGGUCGGUUUCACGCUCUAAUGUUCACGCACAGCCUGCCCUCACGCACAUACGACCUUAAGCUCGGUAGGAGGUCUCGGGCGUUCCUGUUCUCCUUGAGUUCUCCUACAACUGCUUUAAUGUCCAACGAAACUCUCGUCCGCCUAAGUUCUAGCUCUGAUCUCGUCCGCCUUCAGCUGUUUCCGGCCCAAAUUCCGCCUCACGGAUCGGCCGCCUAUCCGCAGGUUGUCGCUUCAUAAUUUUGAGCAGUUGGAUGACAUGACGCCGCUUAGCUGUCUUGUUCCAAAAUUAAAUCGUACCCGGGCUCAAUUUAUAGGACACGAAAAAUCAAAAUGAGAACUGAGGUCAAAUUAGCCAGUAGCAAUAAUUUGUUUGCUUAUAUUUGCAGUUUUGAAGUUUUUAAGCCUUUUGUGAUGGGGGCUGUGGAAAGAGCUUUGAGUAGAAGAACACGUCAGAAUAGACGAUUCUCAUUAAAAGCUGCUAAGGGCGUUGCGAAACCUACUUCAGAAAAUGGAAGCCUGUCCGUUUCUAGAAAUAUAAAAACAAUAAUGAUUUGGUUGCUUUGAUCGUUUUUUUCGUCACAGGCGCGUGCAUGUACAUACUGAUAGAAAGGAAGAUAAAAUAAUUUGGCGAGAAAUAACGCAAAGGUAAUAAAUGUGUUUUUCAAUUUCUUCGGUAUUUCCGUGCUUUCUGUCGUCCUUUCUGUUUGUCUGCGACCUUGGUAGUCAGUUCUAACACAUGAUAGUGUAAGCUGUUUAGUUUUUAAAGAUAUCACACUAUUCAAAAUGCAUAUACCUACAUCUUCAUUAUCCGAGGAUCAUAUCAAGUCAUAUGUCACCAAAGCGUAAGACAUUUUGCACCCUAAUAUCGCAUACCCACAGUUCUGGUUUUUUUCCCAGUCCUAUAUAGUCCUCACGUUUUGAUGGUUCAUGUGUUCAACGUCCCGACCAAUAUCUACAUAGUCGAGGAUUGUAGUGUCCACCGGAAUGAAUAGGCACAUUUAACUUUUCUCUGGCAAACGCAUCAUAUAUUCUGUUACGUUUUUUGUCAUUCAGCCUCUGUAGACGCGGUAAAAAUGUGUUACAUUUAACCUGACGUUUACAAACUGCCUUGACACCUGCAAGUAGUUCAACUGGUUUUUUUCAUUGUACGUAUGCCAUAUCUUCUUUUAGUGCAUACGUGCUAGCUACAUUACAUGUUCCGUUGUUUCGGACUCAUUCGUUUAGCAAACUGUCCGUUUUUAAGAGCAUCACAUUUCAGCGAUGCGCUAGCUGUCUAUGUGUUUUAAAACUAGUCUUGAUCAACUGGAGGGACAUGCUUAUUCUGUUGAAUUUUCUAAACCAUGCAGCCUGGUUUGUAAAAUAUAAGUUCAUUUUAACACUUUGGGCAUCAACUAGAUAGUUUUGUUAACGGUUUCUGUUUCUGCAUAUAGGCAAGAAAGACGUCACAAAAGAAAAGAGACAUAAUUCCAUUGGGUGCGCCAGCAUUGAACAAAUGAUUGCAGCGACGCAGUGUCUGAGUACUGUUCGUUAUUUAUUCAUGAGAGGGCGCUGCGUUCUUAAGCACCCAUAGACGUUUUUUGUCAUACACUCGCAACGGCGUUCUUUAAAGUUUUUCAGGUCUAACGGAUAACAGAUACGCCUUCCUGGCGUGUAGAAAUGUAAUUGUCGCUGGCAAGAUACACAGUCCUUUUGUUGCCGCUCCAUACUUCCCGGCAGAUUUCAGAAACCUUUCUAAGAAUAGUACUUGAGCUGGGAUGAACCAAAAAUGCGCAAAAUAUUCUUGAUAAACAACAAAGUAGUUGCCCAUUAGAAUUAUGCUCUUUCUCAAAAUGCGAUAGAGACUACAGACAGUGAUUACUUGCUUUGUCGAGGUUCUUGUUCAACCUGUCAUCUGCUUUGCUCGUGGAGCAGCUGAUAACGUAAAUGAAUAGAACCAGGAAUCAAGAACGUUAUCUAUCUUCUGAUUUCCUUUCAGUUUAUGUUCUCAGAUACGUAGCUAUUGUCAGCCGUGUUGCGUAAACGUCAUGUUUCCAAUAGUACCGAGAACAGGAGUGCGUUUCCAUACAGCAACUAUUUAGAAACGUUUUUUGUCGAAGUUGUAUCAAAACCGUAUGCCUUUUUCUAAAAACGAAGUUCCGCAGUCUCAGUUACCGAUCGUGAUUCGGUAAGGCAAGCUUUACGGUAGCACCAAUUAAAGUGAAGCAGUUACUCACUAGUUACUCUCCUUACAAGCUUUCCUGAUGAUUCGUGGCUAUGGUUAUGUCCUCAGUAGACAAAAUAGUGGUGCACAGUCGAAGCAUAUUAAAUAAAGUUGCGAUCUUAUCACUCUGCGGUAUUCCGUCAGAUUCUAGAAAACUACUUGGACAGUAUCUUUGACGACGACAGAGUCAGGUAAAAUCAGGCUACCCGAGAUGGUCUUAUGCAUACAGCAGAUCCCGCAGUUGCCCUGGUUAAAAGCCGCCAAACCAGCCACUCACAUAUAAUUACCUUUCUGGUCUGGCCGGAAGCUUGCCGUUUCACUACCCCCCAAUCCGAGCUACACCAUUAUUAUCCACUUGUCGGUAUCUUUUGACUCAUAUUUUCAUCUACUGACCUAAAGAAAACUUGUCAAACGCAAACAUAUGAAGUCCAAAUUACAAUUUGAACUCUGUUUAAUGUUUUUUGGAAUGAGUGCAUCGUCGUAUGCAUCCUUAUAAGGACCGUUCUCAUUAAUUUACACCCGUAUCGGCGUAGAAUGCGCCUUUUUAACUGAUAAUCCCCGAAAGGUGAGCGGGUGAAUAAUUUUAGAAUAUUUUCAUCGGAUGUUUCACUGGGCGUCUAUUUUGGGAUACCUCGUGUUUGUGAAGGCUUUCUGUCCAGAACUAUAAAAUAUGCAUAAAGCAGGUGGGGUUGGCAAUUUAAUGUUGCCAUUGGCAUGACACACCUAUUUGCUACCGGCCAUUAAUUUUUGGAAGCCCAUAAAUAAUCCCCUGGAAGCUUGUACCGUUUAACUCUGAUGUCGAUGGAAUGUUCAUAAAAGCAUACAAAAAGGACAUAUGUAUGGUGUCCAAAUCGUGUCAAAUCAUACAAAGGCAAAUUACAUCUAAUCCAGUAGAUUCAAACAAUUCUUUGCCCAUUACAGCAAACUACAACAAGGGCUUAUUCAUACGUUUAGACAGACGUCGUGCCAAUAGGGUUUUUUGCUAGUGCUGUUUACAAUGCGUUCCCAACGGACCAAAAGUGAGCAGCGUAUUUGUUUUUACGAUCAAAAGGAAUAACUGGAACAGCAGAUGAAUUAAAUACGAAAAAGCAAGUUUAGCCAAGUAACCAGUGGCGGUGCAAUCCUGUAUGACUUGUAAAACAAUUAUAUAUGCUUUGUCUUUGUCCGUAAUGCCAUUCUGCCUAUAUCAUGCGCCGCUGUGCGGCUGCUGGUUGGGUUCGAGAGAGAGCCCGUAAGGCUCAACGAAACGAGUGAAUUCCGUAAGAACGAUCGGGGAGCGUGCCCUACAACUAUGCUUUUUCAGUUUUUACCUUCCACAGCUAAAUGAGUUUGAUUUAACUUGAUAAUAUUUAUGAAAUCACUUUAGGUAUAAACUUACUCAGCAUAAUUAUUAAAUUCUGGGAAGCGUUAUAUAUUGAAAUAAUUUAUAUAACAGGGUCAGUCGACAGAAGCAACCCUUUUGUCCACAAGACCUCCGUAUGACUUCAACAAACACUGUUAUUUGCUGAUUCGGGUGCCCAUCAUAUAUUUUCCUCUAACCCUAAAAAGCCAGAUACUUCGCUUAUUCUCUUAAUUUAUUUAAUCGUUUUGGCUUUAAAGGGCCUGCCAACAUGGAGUAUUAUGGUAGAUGAAACGGCGAUGAUUGUAAUAAUUUAGGGAUUACGUGACUGCCUGCCGUUCUGUGAGCUUGAACCAACACGCAGAUAUCAGAAGCGAACCUGUGUUUUCAGCUAAAAGUAUAUAAUUUAAGGAGGAGGUUACUUAAUCAGGGGAGCAACUGCGCUGACAGAAGAUACCUAGUGAUAUUUACCACUUCGUACCAGAUCAAGGCAUAAAAGGACCUCGUGGUGGUCAAAAUGCUUUUAAUUCGUCAUCGUAGUAAAAUGACAACAAAUAAAUACCUUUAUGCCUAUAAUGGAGCAUUAGAUUCCUCUACUAUUUCUAAAAUGGUAAAAACAUUAUCAUUUUUAAUUGCUGGUAAUAGGUUGGAACAAAACGUUUAAUGCCACAAAGUUCUUAGAUGUUUUGCUUAACACAGUUGCUCGCCGCAGUAAGUAGUCCUGGUCAUUUACCAUAUCCUAGCCUUUCCAGGUCCACUCGUUGGUGUGGAACAUUGUACAACUCAGUUAAAACGCACAUGUUGGGAUCGAUCACAGUUACCCUUCAUCCCAUAACUUAUAUUUCAUUCUCUACUUUUGUGUGCUCCUUCCCAUAACGUGUUGGCUUUACGAACAGUCAUUGUCUAAGCGAGAAAUAAGGCCGUUCGAGCAACAAAGCAUUUUGUUGGUAACUAGUUGGUUACCUUGUGUCUGUUGCUUUGUAAUUGCUUCGUCAUAAGACAUCUCUGAGUAUACUUCCAGCCGCGCGGUUUUUCGGUUGUACAACUUUUCGUCUUCCUUCAGAUUCAGUUAACGAAGCCUACAUAUUAUUGCGAACAGAUAAGCAUACUAUUGCGUAACUGCUACUCGGUAUCAAAAACGUUAUGGUCGUAAACGGACAAACUACUCUUACAUCCGUCUCAAGAGUUCUCAGAAGACCAGCAUAAUAAAAUAAACCGUUGAGGAAUCUUUCGUCUAAAAUAUAACAGUAUAUACACCGGCAUUGCAUUUCUCUAGAAAGGGACGAGAACAUUUGCGGUAAGGCCCUUCUGGGUGUAAUUUGAGCAAUCGUUUGAAAAUUUACUCAGUCUAAAACCGACAUGCAGGGAAGUAUCGUCCAUCUUAAUUAAUGGGUUCAAUUUUAAGAUUUUAUUAAACGCUAAAGGCAUGGCUUAAUUGUUACCUGCUACGUGAGUCAAAUACACCACGACUAUCUUGUUAGAAGUCCAAAAUUAAAUGAGGUAUUUAAAAAAACACACGCAAAAUUCGCAACUCCUUGGUCAAGAAUCCGGUAAACAUGCAACCUUCAGCGAGAAUCUGUUGGCGAUCGUUCAAAUGUCGCCACACACUUUGGCCUCAUGAGUUGCCGAAGCCAGAUUAUUAGAACCUCUGGACUGACUCUUCCUUCUCGAAUUGACUUUUUGGGAUUAUUUGAUUGCAUGAAGAAUACGUACUUGGGGUUGAUUAUAAGGAGGUGGAAAUUCCGCAGUCAGAAUAGUCAAAUGCGCUAAUAGUUGAAAGGGUCUGUACAUUUCGCAAUUGCUAAAAUCAGAAUGAGAUUUCACAGGCUCCGUUCUUGAUUUUCAGAUCGUUCUGAUGAGUAUUGUUGUGAUCUGUGUCAGUAAGCGGAGCCUUCGAGGGCUCGUGACCCAGGCUAAUGCCGGGCUCUGUGCCAACCUUCUGGGCCUAAGGCGUGUGAGCGUCCGCUGUGUCAUAAUCGGCAAGCCAUGACCAUCGCAGUCAGGUGUACGCUGUUAUUUUUCUGAAACCCGGUUUCCUGUCGGCAGAUGCGCUUGCUCCCACGCCGGGUAUACGGAUCAAACGCACGGUUGCCCCGUCACCCUCAUUGUCUUUCUGACCCUUUAUUACUACUUCUGUUGUUGUUAUUGAUUAAAAUCCUGGUCAAGUGUUUGUUACACACAGGGUGUUUUGAUGGCAAGUCUAGGUGCGGGAUUGCACAUGCUCACCAACUGCGCCAUCUCCCGCUUCCGAUCUUUCUGACUUUCUCAUGACACCCGGUUCAAGGAGGGGAGGAGGAUAGAGCGCGGCAGAUGCUGCGAGAGACCACUAUCACUAAAAACUACAGUAGAUGUGCUAACUCAUGAAAUGUCAACCAGAAUAACGAAAUGCGUUCUCGUUUCGAAAAGAUAAAUUAAGUGUUGUUGUAAAACUAAUCAUGAUGCAGCAUAAAUCUAUAAUGAUCUAGUUACCACAGGGUGUCGGCUUUCGAAGGAACGUAUUUUCGGCUGCAUGCAAUAUCUAUACUCUGCAAAAAUGACUACAUAAGUAGCAUAUACUUUUCUCAUUGAUUUUCGAUGCCCUUGAAAAUUCAAUUAUAUUUAUGGAAAGCAUGCAUACAAAUAUUCCUUCCUUUACUUAUUCGGUAUAAAAUCACGUCUUCUUCCAAUUUCAUAGUCAAAAGAAGAGUAUAAUUUGGUUUAAAACAAUUUUCCUAAUUUCCGAAUAAUUUUGCACCCGAUCUGCAGUCACACUUGCAUUCAGGGUUUCAAAACUACAAGCUGUAUAUUUUCCAUGUACGAAAAACCAUGCAUUUCUCUACGGUGUUAAGAGCAUACUAUAUUAGAUUCAUAAAAUUAAGCAGUGGAAUUAAGCAAUAUUGUUAAUUUUACAAGCCACAUUCGUAAGUGCGAAAACACGACGUUUCAGGAAAGGUCAUUUCACUGUAUUAAAAAAAUCUCACAAUUAGAAACUUUUUUAAAACCGAAUUAUACUCUUCUUUUGAGUAUAAAAUCAGAAGAAGACCUGAUUUUCUAACGAAUGAGUAAAAGAAUGAAUAUUUUAUGCAUUUUUUCCAUGAAAUAUAAAUGUAUUUUCAAGGGCAUCGAAAAUCAAUGAGAAAAUUGCAUGCUACAUAAGCAGUCAUUUUUGCAGAUUAUUGAUCUUGCGUGCAGCCGAAAACAAGUUCUUUCGAAAGCUGACAUCCUGAGGUAACUGGAUCAUUAUAGAUUUAUGCUGCAUCAUGAUUAGUUGUACAAAAAUAUAUACUUUACCUUUUCGAAACGAGAACGCAUUUCGAAAGUUUGGCUGACAUUUCAUGAUAUAGCACAUCUACUGUAAUUCGCGCACAAAUCACAACGCCUGCCUCGCCUUGCCGGGCAUCACAUGGCGAACUGUUAUCUGUUGACAGGUCUGAGUGGAAAUCUGAAACGUCAAAAGAAUAAACUCCUACAGCAGUGAUGUGGCCUUCUUCGCCUCACUCUCCCUGCGUAGCUCGUAGUUUCGUUUGCACCAAAACACCACUUUAGUCAGUAAAUUGUUUGGACGAGGUGCGUCUAAACACUCCAAAAUCAGUUGGUCCCACUGUAUUUGCACGACUUUUAUGCCCAAAUUGACAGUCUAAAUUUCAAAUGACGUGAAACAACUGCAUAUCAUAAGAUGUUCCCUCAGGCAUCAGUAUCAUUAGCUUCCUCACUAACAACCUAGCUACCGUCAUCAGUUCAGUGAAUAUUAAUCCGCCCUGUUUACGUCAAGCAUCGGCACUCAUCACACUGACGAACAAACGGCAGGAGAAAAAGCAUCCAACUACCCAUAACGCACACGAUCAUACAUUCUCCUAUUCGGCCAUUUGCGUCUGCAUGAAAAUCUGUAGUAAAACACCACGGACCAAGGUUCAGAAAAGGCAUAUCCUGUUUAAGUAGGAAGCACAUCCUUGAUGCGACCCAGUUCUUGUAGAUGAGAUGUCGAAGUCCAGUGGACAAAUCGCCUAACAUCAAUAGAAAUAACCGGCAGGCAUAGGCGACGAACUGGUGGAUGGGAGAGAUAAGAGAGGGUGACGCAAAAUCUAAUAACUUAACUCCCACGUAGCUUCAGCGUAUUUCUCACUAUACCAAGCCAGACGCGCCCAAAUCUGCCAUGACUGGCCAAACGCUCGGCUUGGAAUGAUGCCAUCUGACUGCAUGUCUCCGUCCUCCCUCUAGGACAGGGAGUCUGGUUUGAGUGACCCUUUCUGUAUAUCUUUUCUAUACCAGUCCCGAUCAGAUGGGAUAAGAGGUACUUCCUUGCUACUGUGAAAAUUGAUUUGGAUCGCGCGUGGCACGCGUAGAUGGAUUGUUUACAUUUUCAGGCAAUAUGCCCGUGGCACGGCCUUGCUACCAGAGCCAGGGGAGUAGAGAGCCUGGCAGACAUCCCACCAGUAUGCUACAAAUACAGACUAAUUUACACGCAAAAACCACCCUGCGAGCAGCGCACUGUGCUGCAGCCGUAGGACAUCGUUACUCGAGACGGUGAAAGUGGGACAGGGAAUUCGUGAAGGGAGGAAUCAACUUCCCUGCAAUGAAAGGGGUUGCGAAUACGGCUUUCUAAAAUAUACUUUCAUAUUGAGGGGUUAUUUCAUGCCUCACACGUUAUUGUAAUUGGGGUUCUCCUACGGUAUUACAAAUAUUCCCUAAUAGCGUGAUCGCAAUGCUGAUUCACGUAGUCUAAACAAAGUUGAAACUGAGACACAAUUGACUGAUUACUGCUGAAUUUACCUACUGGAAUCCAAGAUAGUUAUUUAUGUAGUAAGUAUUCGGCGUUCUCACCGGCGGUGGAUGACCUUCAGUACAACAAAUUUGAAAGUGGAUAUGAUACGUAGGUCGGAUUCACCGAGAGUUGAUACGAUAUAGCCCCUCAGAAGCUUAUGCGUCACACUAGACCAGAUCCGUGAAUUGGCAGCAAGGUCUUCCUUAAUUUUUUUAGUGCGAAAGGAUAAACAAAAUACUGAUAUCUGUCUCUAAGCUUACAUUCCCUAUCUUUCGGAGUAGGGAUCAAAGUUUAAACUUUUGGAGAAGAGUUACCUCAGUGUACUGAUUUUGACCAUAAGUACUGUCCUAUCGGCAUAUGUUUUAGUAUACACUGAAAGGGGUCAGAUGUACUGUCUUCCUCGAGUUCUUUACCAAAUCCACCGUGUACUGUCAGAAUAUAAGUGCGACAGAUUAGGACUCGCAAUGGAAACGUCCCUUCACCUCAAUACACAUUUAUUUGCCUGCAGACACGUUCAAAGUCUCCCAUAAUGUCAACGGCACGUGUUGUCUGCAAACGUUCACCUAAAGAAGGCAGUUGACCUCAAAGGUUGGUCCCUGAAAUAAAUAUUACAGCUUAGAAGAAACAAAUGCGAUCACGGAAACACGCAGUUUAUUGGCCUGGCGCCAGGCCAAAUACACACUGGUGUUGUUUACCGGAUGUGGUGUAGAUGCGGACAAGGCGACGUCGUCAGGGAAAGUGGAAAAUUAAUUCGCAUGCGAAGGCCUGAACAUGCAGCGGCAGAGAGAGGAGGAAUUACGCUCACUCUCAGGUCGCCGCAUAUUUGAUCUGUAAGCCUGAAGAGCUGAUAUAUCUGAGAACGGGGAACGCUGCAUGACUUACAAGCUGCUUGAUUCAUAGUUCUCCGGCCGGCAGUCGAUCAGUAUGCGGAGUGAUAUUUCGAUUCACUAUCCGGUACUGAGACUUUGCGUGGGUAAGACAGUUAGUAACGCGACCAACACCUCCAAUGGCAGAGGGUCAGAAUGUGAGGCAAUAUUCCUACCAAGGAUCAUAAACGGUAAAUGAGUUUCUUUAGUUAUUGACUUGGGUGAAGACCAGCAAACACUAAUCGCAUCAAAAGCAACAGCCGGUGAUGUACUUUGGUGCUGUUACUUACAAUCGGCCUGAGGUGGCAUAAAAGUUCUGUGCUGUAGAUAACGCGUUUCUCCUGGCGUAAGUACCCUUCUCAACAACCUUCACAGGUGAUGCAAUGUAGUGGGAAUUCAAAAUGUCGGACCAAAAGCCUAUUCUUUUACCUAUCGCACCUUCUGCCCCUAUUGAAAUGCUUUCUUUAGAUCUCUAGUCUGCUUAUUUUGACAAUUAAUUCUUCAAAACCAAGUGCGCAAACAAAAUGCUACCGUUGAUGAAGUAAAUGGUCGUCAUAUUAGAUGAUUUAGCCAAGCACGCAUGCCACCAUGUGUCCAAGCCCCUGUCCGGUGUGUCCCUCCAGAUAAGAAAAUUUCAGUCAGGCAUGAGCUAAGACUUCAAGUCAAUGCUGCUCCGAAAUGAAACUUUGACCAAACAUUGAUCAAUUAGGGGCCAACCGCUAACUGCUACCGCAGACUGUGGAUAGGUUAAAUCAUCAGUUAUUUUAACCAACAGAAGCAUGUGUAAUAGGUGUAGGGUAAUCGGUAGCGUUUUCGGCAGAAAUGAGAUAAAGUUGAUCAUUCGAGGUCAACUUUGUCAACCUAAAUCGGUGAGCAGUGUAUAAAAAGGCAAAGUUGUUCAACUCACAGCACAGUCUGCGAGUAUAGUAGAUGUGCUAACGCAUGAAAUGUCAACCAAAAGUUCGAAAUUCGUUCUCGUUUCGAAAAGAUAAAUUAAGUAGUGUUGUAAAACUAAUCAUGAUGCAGAAUAAAUCUAUAAUGAUCCAGUUACCUCACGGUGUCAUUUCGAAAGAACUUAUUUACGGCUGCAUGAAAGACCUAUACUCUGCAAAAAAAUGACUACUUACGUAGCAUGCAAUUUUUUCAUUGAUUUUCGAUGCCUUCGAAAGUGCAAUUAUAUUUCAUGGAAAUCAUGCAUGAAAGCAUUCAUUAUUUUACUUAUUCGGUAGAAAAUCACGUAUUCUUCCAAUUUCAUACUCAAAAGAGUAUAGUUCGGUUUUGAAAAAACAUAUCUAAUUCCCGAAUAAUUUUGAACCCAACCUGCAGUUACACUUUCAUCCAGGGUUUCACACCUACAAGCUGUAUGUUUUCCGUGUACGGAAAACCAUGCAUUUCUCUAUGGUGUUAAGAGGAGACCAUAUGAGGUUCAUAAAAUUAAGCAGUGGAUUUGAGCAAUAUUGUUAACUUUACAAGCCACAUUCGUUAAUGCAGAUACAUGACGUUUCAUGAACGACCAUUUAAUGGUAUUAAAAAAUCUCACCGUUAAAAACUUUUUUAAAACCGCAUUAUACUCUUCUUUUGAGUAUGAAAUUGCAAGAAGGUGUAAUUUUCUACCGAAUAAGUUAACGAAUGAAUACUUUUAUCCAUGUUUUUCAUGAAAUAUAAUUGAAUUUUCAAGGACAUCGAAAAUCAAUGAGAAAGUUGCAUACUGCAUAAGUAGUCGUUUUUGCAGAGUAUGGUUCUUGCAUGCAGCCGAAAAUAAGUUCUUUCGACAGCCGAAACCCUCAGGUAACUGGAUCAUUAAAGAUUUAUUCUGCAUCAUGAUUAGUUGUACAACAAUAUAUAAUUUAUCUUUUCGAAACGAGAACGCAUUUCAGAAUUUUAGUUGACAUUUCAUGAGUCAGCAUAUCUAAUGAAGAUGGCCUGAAAGUUUACUUAACUCUUGAAAUAACAUACUCAGUAAAUGCUAGCUGCUCCCCAAUUAACAAAUCCAUGUCAGUCGCUCAUAGAAAAGGUAGACACUGACGAAAUAGCCGGUUGUAAUUUUCUAAUAAACGUGCUCUCAAAUCACGAAUAUGCUUAUAAAUAAUAGAAAGUCCUGCGACGUAUUUUGAAUAUAAAUAGCUUUACUGAAUACAAGCACACUUAUUUGCCUAGCGAACUAAAAUAAGAUAUAUAGUCUAUAAGUGGGUGUUGAUAGCGCGCCUGUCAUCUGGUUUGAAAAUUUAUUUCCUAUUGGAAAGUAAAUCAAAACAUCCUGGAAUGUCUAGGUGAUGCGGAAAUCCAGCGAGCAUUAGAAAGGGGAAUCAGGUUUAGGCAAAACACAGCAAAACAUUAAUUUCAUAGGUUUGUUUUAUUCGGUGUUUCCUUGCAGAGGAAACGUAUACACGAAUUGGGGGAACAAGCACUUAUCGCGGUUACAAACACUUUCAUGACUCCAAAAUAAGACUAGAUGCGUGUACACAGAAUUUGUUUGUUAGGGAGCUUAAGAAUCUCGGACGGGAGUAACUCUUCGUUGUUCCAAACGAGUUGUACUUACUCCUGAUCUCUGAGAUCAGAAACAUUAGAAUGCUUGGAAAGAUAUAUUACGUACACUCGGAAGUUUAGGCAGGAUUUUGACGAAAUGCACCUGACAGACAGCGAGUCCGUUUUCCGGUUUUUGGGGCAUUGAACUUCUAACCAACAAAUUAUCGCAUCAAUCGCUAGGGAUCGCAUACCUCGGGUUGAAAAUGGCUGGCUGACGUCGGCUUAUGAACUAAAAGUAGCAUACCAUUCUGUAUCUGGAAAUGCUCAUAUAUCCAGAAUUAGUGGUUGGCGCUUUGGACACAGUUAACAGUUCUACCCUUUGCUCUUACGCCUAAAUAUUUGUAAUAAGUGUGGUGUCACAAAGUCUGAAAAAGCCAACUUCAGUAUUUUCAACGGAGGCGAGAGGUAACAUUUAGGCGUUUGGCCUUAUGAUGGCAUAGGCUUAUAAGCCAGAAAUGGCCAUUCCAGUCUCCCUUGUCUUUGUCGGCAACGCCAUUAUGCCUAUAUAUCAUGCGCCGCUGUGCGGCUGCUGGUUGGGCUCGAGAGAGAGUCCGUAAGGCACAACGGGACGAGUGAGUUCCGUAAGAACGAUGGGUGCGCGCCCCCUAUUAUUGUAUAUUUCCGAUCGAAACCGACAAGGGAACGGACUCGUGGCCCAGUGGUUAGAGACGUAGACUUCUAAAUAACAGGUCACGAGUUCGGGCCUCGGGUUUUUCACACUUCGGGGUUGGGUAUGGCUGGCUGACUACGGCUAAUAAGCCAGAAAUGUUCAUUCCAGCCUCCCUUGUCUUUGUCGGCACUGCCAUUCUGCCUAUAUGAUGCGCCGCUGUGCAGCUGCUGGUUGGGCUCGAGAGAGAGCCCGUAAGGCACAACGGAACGAGUAAAUUCCGUAAGUACGAUCGAUGAACCCCAACUCUACCAUAGGCAUAAUUACUUAACGAAAAUUAAAACUAUGUGACGACAUGGAUGAAGAGGUUCUGACGAAACCUUCCGCUGGUAGUUUACACAGUUAAUUCAUCUCAUGAAGAUGACAGUUGCGGAUGAUUGGUUUCUCUCCAACUUCUCAACCAGCAGGAACGACCGUGCAAAUAAUCGGUGUAUACAUUUAAAAACAACGUAGAUAUACUUCCGAAUAUUUUUGACUACUACAUAAAGAAUGAAAUAGGAGUCAUUAAAAUAAUUUCUGUCAUGCCAGGAUGCGUGCAUUCUCCCCCUCGGCAUGGCAUGCCUUUUACUGAUAGUAAUUUUGUUAGAAUUCUACGAAAGCCAACAUUGUUGCAGAGCAUUCGGAUUAUCGUAAAAUCAUAAAACCGGCCCAAACUUAUUCAGUUUAGAACGCAAUAUGUCCUCAAUAUUUGGCAUUUCAAACAUACCGCACUUUUCCACUGCGCAGUCAAAUUUUACCACAUUUAAAAGGCAUUUCCAAGGACGUAAUCAAAACUUUGAUAGCAGUUAGACUUUUCCGAGCCAUAAUUUGGUAAUCAACAAUGUCUGCUUUUUCUGUUCCCCACCGCAAACCAAGUUAAAAACUACUCGGCUGACUCAUAAAAUUGCGCGCAUGGUGCUGUAGUUGACCUUGACUGCUUCGACCAGUUAGAUGCGGCGCCUAACGUUCCACGUGAUGUUUAUCGAUUUUUCACCGUUUCAACUCGACCAUUCUGGCGACAGCCCUUCAUCGCAUGAACCCAUAAGGCGGUGCGCGGUAUGAGUUACAGCCGCAAGGGCAUCGUGAACACGCUUGAUGGCUACCUGGACAGUAUUCUGUGGGCGACGCCACCUAUUCAGAGAGUGUACCUGGCGGCCGCAUUGGCGAAUGCCUUUCUUGGGAUCUUUGAAUGUCUCAUUAUAAUGCGGACGCGCUUUGCGUCAACCAAUACCGUCCUGUAUUAUCUCACCUCUGGGCUGGUGGCUCUCUCGCAAGUUAUGACGCAGAUUUACAAUAACUUUCCAGGCCCAUACUUUGCAGAGGUCUUCAGUCUCAUAUUCCUUAUGAACACCUUCUACCUUAUAAUCUGUCUGACCUUUUCCUCAAAACGUCAUUCAGCUCUGAUUGCUGUGGUCUUCUUGUCCAUGUUCUGUGCCAUGAUGUACGCCAUUCAUGCGGGCCUAUACGUUGUGCCAAACAGGGAGGCCUUCCUGCACGUUAUUCAAUUUGCCGCCACCGUGGCGAAUAACUUUGUGCCCUUUGACCCUCUGUUAGCAUCGCUGAGCGAUAGUCACAGGAACUUCCCGUCUCAGUGGUUUCCACUGCUGACGGGCCUUGUAUACUGUCUUACCGGAGGACUGUACAGACAUGCAAUCAAGGACACACUCAUGGCACCGGCCGACGCUCUCGGAAUAGCUGUUCAUCUGUUUGGAAUUGCAGUCGAACUACAGCAUUGCAUGUUUCAUUAGCAAAGCCACAGACAGCCAUGCCUCUAUGCACAAAGGAAGGUUGGACGUCAAGGCAACCAAAGUGCUACUGGAAUCAUAUCAAUGUAUUGGUAUUCGUUAAAACAUCCAAAAUAAAGACAGACGCGUUGUGAACGUUUUCCUAGUAUACGGAUGCUGAUGAUUAUAUUGCAGAUUAUCUCAGUUUCUGUAAGUCAUAAAAAAACCAUUUUAACGAUGAGGAUUUGAACUUCGAGACAAUAUUAACAGGAGGAGUCGCAAACUCCAAGCAAGAAAGUUUACAAGGACGUUGGUUUAUUUAGACCGGUUAGAUGAGAUGAUGGAGCAGAGUACAUCUUCCCGCAACUUUGACCUAGUCAUAAGAUUCUGUGAUUUCUGCAUUUCUAAUAAAUAAGCCGUAUAUUUAUCACCUUGAUUGUUUGUACAUAUCGUCUUCAGUUCUUGACUAACCGUUUGGAUGGAUGGACUAGUAUUUCGAUAGCUUCUAUUCCUACACUCCACACAUGUCAGGACACCCCGAAAAACUCAUAACUCGCAAUUUCACAUCCGGUGUGCGAUUUAAUUCAACCAGCUCAGUAAAUCCAUUAUAAAUAUAGUGCAAGAAGCUGUUUCUGAGACGACUAUAUAAACCCAACUAAUGGGUCAUUUCUUAUCCUUGUGACGAUCGUAACUUUCGGACUGAAUACUCAUUUGCACGGCAGCAUGCUAACCCUUGCCUAUAAUUACCUGCUUCCAAUUGCCAUCACCAUAGAUGUGAGCCGCUCAAUAACUACCAAAGUUUUUAGCAUGCAAAAGCGGAAUGGCGCGUUUUGGUCUUGAGGGUAUAAGUUUCAUCCGAUUGUCAUUUGUUAAAAAGAACUUUCCACGCCGAUUUUCCCUGCUACGUUUAAGCCCUCACGAUGAGUCGGUAGAAAAGAAACAAGUAUAAACGUUUAAUGAUGUUUAACAAUUACCUUUAUAUGGUCAACAAAUGCUAAAUUUAUACUUGCAAAAGACAGCCGCGAUACAUCGGUGGGCGUUGUUGCUAUUUAAAUUAAAGUAUUACUUACGUCUCGAGUUAUUCAGCGCUUUCUUUAGUGAACAAAUAGCAGAGGGUAUAGACCCAGCCCUGAUGAUAGAGGCUUGUAGUUAGAUUGUGUUUUGUUGGAAACUGUGAUCAAACUCGCGCUUUCCUCAUAUUUACCUAUACUAUCUCUCGUUUAGUAAUUAAGAGGUAAUAAUUUGACCGAUGGAGUUCAAACACAAGCGUUUCUUCAAAUGUCAACCUAUCCCUAAAAUCUCUAACAUACAUGAAUGGAAUGAAAGAGAGCUUCGCGUUUAGAUAAUCAGAGCUUUGUAGUUUCACGAAAAGGAAAGAAAAGACUUUCUCGGAAUCCCAGCAGACCUUGGGCAUUCGUCAUAUGUUUUACAAGCAUUCUCACCCACAUAUUCGGCCCUGUGAGGUGGCUAGGCAACCUGAGGAUAUGAAACUUCCCUCCUGGACGUAACACAGGCUGACACUAUUAAGGUUUUAGCGGGGUUGCUGAGACUGCGCUUCGAGGUACUUGAAGACGCCGAUAAACUCGUGGCUUAAGCUGGCGGAGGACAGAUUGUUUUCGCAGCGAGCGCUGUGAAUAGUUGAAGCUAUACAACCAUCUGCUAGUAGUUUCAGAGACGACGUGGAUUUGCAUAAAAACAGACAACUGUCAUGAUAGAAGGACGUUCACCGAUCGUGCUACAGCACUCACUCGUCCCAUUGUGCCGUACUUACGGAGACUUGGUCGCAGUUCAACCACAAUUACAUGAUGGUAGAAGCACGUUGUCGGCAGGAACGGAAUUCUGUUUUCCGCUAGUACUGAUGGCUGAAAUCGUUCUACUGGAUCUGAAGCAUUUUGUUUAAAAAUUCAUAUUCUAACGCUCGAAAGUAGUUCAAAUGUAGGAGUUAAUGUCUUCUAUCACCGUGCGGCCAACGAAUAGAAAUCCGCUUACUCGAUUUUCCAAAUAAGUGUCUUGAUAAACGAACACACGAACGAUGGGACGCUUGAGACUAGCAUGGAAUCAGAUGGGUUAGGAAAGCGGCCCAUAUCCGAUUUUGUAAUGCGCCAGUAUCCUCAGGAAAAACCUUACCGACGAGGUCGACAAGAUCAGAGCAGUAGGUGAGUGGCCAGGGGGCCGGAACUGGUUGUAAGCUUGUAAUCCAAUCUGGUGCAAAAACUGACAAUAGUAACGGGUCAGAUGCAAGCAGUUGCCAGUGUACAAUAGAUUUGCUAACGUAUGAAAUGUCAACCAAAAUUUCGAAAUGCGUUCUCCUUUCGACAAGAUAAAUUAAGUAGUGUUGUAAAACUAAACAUGAUGCAGCAUAAAUAUAUAAUAAUCGGCUUUCAGUGUCAGCUAUUGAAAAAACCCAUUUUCGGCUGCAUGCAAGAUCCAUACUCUGCAAAAAAUGACUACUGAUGUAUUAUGCAAUUUUCUCAUUGAUUUUCGAUGCCCUUGAAAAUUUAAUUAUAUUUCAUAGAAUACAUGCAUAAAAAUAUCCAUUCUUUUACUUAUUCGGUAGAAACUCACGUCAUCUUCCAAUUUCAUACUCAAAAGAAGAGUAUAAUUCGGUUUUAAAAACUCUUCUAAAUCCCGAAUAAUUUUGAACCCGACCUGCCGUUACACUUGCAUUCAGGGUUUCAAAACUACAAGCUGCAUAUUUUCCGUGUACGGAAAACCAUGCAUUUCUCUACGGUGUUAAGAGGAGACCAUAUGAGGUUCAUGAAAUGAAGCAGUUAACUUCACAAGUCACUUUCGUAAAUGCAGAUACAUGACGUUUCAUGAACGGCCAUUUAACGGUAUUAAAAAAUCUCUCAAUUAGAAACUUUGUUAAAACCUCAUUAUACUCUUCUUUUGAGUAUGAACUUGCAGGAAGACGUAAUUUUCUACCAAAUAAGUAAUAGCAUGAAUAUUUUCAUUCAUGUUUUCCGGGAAAUAUAAUUGAAUUUUCAAGGACAUCGAAAAUCAAUGAAAAAAAUCGCGUGCUACUUGAGUAGUCAUUUUUGCAGGGUAUAGACCUUGCAUGCAGCCGAAAAUAAGUUCUUCGAAAGCCGACACCCUGAGGUAGCUGGAUCAUUAUAGAUUUCUGCUGCAUCAUGAUUAGUUUUACAACACUACUUAAUUUAUCUUGUCGAAAGGAGAACGCAUUUCGAAUUUUUGGUUGACAUUUCAUGAGUUAGCACAUAUACUGUAUAUACCGAAACACAGUCACCAAAUAAAGAAUUCACAGUAGAAGCUUCAGAAUGGUGUAAGGGAUCUCGAUUGUUACAUUAACGAUCGCCCCUAGUAACGACAGGAACACGUUUAACCUAUUUGUGCCUUGUGUUAACUUGCUCACUUACGAUACUAGAUCAUCCGCUUCCGAACGUCGUAAAAACGCAAGCUCAAAAAAGUCGCAUCUCACACCUUGCAACAUGCAUUUUCUUCGCUAUGUGUUCAGUAUCAAACAACUCAUAAACUACACUAAAACGAUCCUGCUCCUAGUUUUGAGCCCGUCUACGCUUGCCUGGUAUAUUACCCAGUCUUGCCUUCCAAAAAAUACAUAAAGGUAUUUUUUUUCCCAAGGACUCGCAACUGCAUUGAUUCUCAGUUUCCAUACAGCUGAUAUAAUGCAGAUAAUCGGAUAUUCUUAUUUUAUCCCGAAACAAUCAAAUCUGGCUCAGCAAUGGCCACUCAAAUAAAUUAUAUCGGGCACGACGUUGUUGUACAUUUGGACGUUUUUGAGCCAAAGACAAUGUGUGCUCAGUCGCCUGAAUAUGUACGUGCUUUUUCCACAAGAACGACACACGCACGCUCGGAUGACAUUGCCAGCUGAUGAUGGAACUUGGUAGUCCUAUGUAGGGGAUUAGUGAGGUAGAGUUCCGCGAAAAGUGGAUGGGAGAUUCUUUGUGCCAUGAAUGGUCUGAAGUAAAAAUACCACCCAAGUGCGAAAAAAGCCCCUUUGGAGAAAUUAAAUCAGCGAUGUCAGGAAAAUCGUCUGUACAGUCACAAUGCUAAGACUAAAAGCAAAUUAACAGUCAAGAUACCAAACGGACAGUCUAUCAUUCAUAAUUAUCUCGUCUGACAGGGUUGGGAAGUUUCCAUUUACUCAGAGUCCAGAUAAUAACCUAAUCGCGCGCAAGACAACGUUGGCUUUUUUAAGCAGUAUGACUCCUCUGCUGGAAAGCUGAAACACACAACGUUUCUGUUGCACUAUAAGUGCACUUAGGACGAAGCGAAAAAGGCUUCAUUUAGCCACACGUGCCUUCGAAUAGUGAUUAAAAUUGCUAAGCGAUUUGGUCUGCGCUUUAUCCCCUGUAUGCACGAGAUUGUCUUGAAAAAAAUAAUAUUGUUUACAAUUUUGUCAAUGCAUGAAACAGAGAUAUUUUUAGAAACGUGUUUUGACGACACUAGUCUUGACCCCUGUCUAUGCAUUUUUUGAAUCCUUUGAACGUAUGCCCUUCUAAUCACCGUCUUUGUAAUCUGCAAACGCUGUAGUGUACGCCGGCAGGCGGCGGUUUUUUCUUUUCGCCGAUGUUUGCAUAAAGUCAAAGGCAAAAAGAACGGCAGACUGUAGCCUACGAAGAUACUGGAAAAGCGUUCUAUCCUCGGUAGAGUCGAUUUUGGGAAAUAGUCCGGUAAGAGAUGUGCUCUAGAGUAACAUCAAGCCGACUUAUUAAUUAUUUAAAACUCCGACUCUUCCGGUAACCCUUGGGUGGCUUUGACGCUAGACUGGAUUUUUCCUGCGCUGUAGAUUAAAAUGGAAAGUGUGCGCACUUCUGAACCACACAUGAAAUAGGGCUUACUUAUACAUCGCAGGAAAGUACGGUCGGUCCGCACUAUCCACUUUCCAGUCUGAAGUAAAGCAUGACGCGUCUCCAUAUGCAAACUAGUGAGGAUCUUCUGAGGAGUGGGUAGCACCUUCCAAGUAAUUUAGCAUUAAAGUUGUAUGUUUCUCUACCAUCCUGUGAUGACAUUAGAACACAUAAUCAACCGACAGAUAAACCCCCAGCGGAUAAUAGAAGUCUACUUAAAUGAAACCUCAUAUCCUAAUCGUAUCAGCCAAUUUAUGCUUAGAUAAGAGUGACAAAAAAGAAUCCAGUAGGUUAAUACGACACCGAUGCAGACGUAUUCUAGGUUGGGUUUAUUUGUUUGAAUUCAGACCGCUGUGAGAACUGUGAAUGGCUGAAUGAAAGUAGCAUAAGUCCGCAAGUGUGCUGGGUAAAUUUGACCACAGUGAUCGUGGCAUCUAAGCAAGAAGGUGUUUGCAUUCUGAAAGUAAUUCACUCAAGAAUCCAAUGCGCCAAUGUGUCCCACCGGACUCUUAGGCAUCGGAAAGAAAGAUCAGGCUUCGACGAUAUCAAAAAUUGCCUUCUAAGUUACGAUAAUUCAUGCUUAAUUAAACAUCUUCGGCGAAAUAAAAGGAAGCAUUUUAAGCGCCUGUGUGUUGUUAUUGUGAAGUCACUUAAAAUAGCCUAGCUCAAAAGGGACAGAAAAUUAUGGACGACGCGUAUCUUUCAGCCAAUCGAAGCAUAGUCUCGUGCGAGUAUUUUUCUCUGUCCGUUUGCCUGUCUCCCUCUAAUGUUUAUUUGAAAACUUCCUGAUUAGCAGACAGGGACUUUUGCUAAAUUUUCAUCAGUCCCAAAUAUUUAUGCAAAACCCGCCGCGAAAAAUCAAGCAAUGUUUAUCUCCACACAGAUGUUGGAUGGAAGAGAGAGUAAGUGUGAGUGAGUUUGGGCAGACAGUGCUCGUUAUUCUUGAUAAACAAAUGUGCAAUAAAGCCGUCGCAAAUGAAAAGCAAAAAAGCACGGAAUUGCAUACAGCAAUCAAGUUGAAUGUCUUAUGACCAUGGCGACUGCGGGCUACGUACCAAGUCUUGACUCGCUUAAAAAGUAGAUCGUGAAAACUAAUGGCGGUUAUUUUUUGCUGUUGACUGUGAAUGCGUUCAGCGCUUUAGUAUAGUUUUGUGAGAGCCACAUACUUACUUGCCAGGCUUUAAUAUAGUCAACACAGUGCCCAGAGUCAAUAUUAGACCAGAAAAGCGUCAUAAAAGCCUCCAAAUUUAGGUUUCCCUGGUCAGACCAAAUGCUUUUCAUAUAUUCCGUUUGAUAUGUGCUGACUUGUGCCACCAAUAUAGCUGUACCACGGGAGUCAUUAAGGGUGUAAAUGCACAAAAAUGUUGCCUGAGCUAACAAGCUAUGAUUACAGUCUCCGUGAAAAUUUGAGUUGAAUGAGAAUGCUGCCUGAACUACUGCUGCUGGAAAAAGUCUAGCUAGGAUGCCUUCUCCGGAGUUCACCAAUACCGUCUUCUACAAGGGGGGACGUUGGAACAAUGCAAACGUCUUUUAACUACUGGGUGACGAUAUGUAUUUGCAAUACACUGGUAUAGACGUGCUUCCAUGCUAUGGAAAACAAUUAAUCUUUACCUAACCACCAAAUAGGUUUCAUGCAUUGAUCUGAAGAAGACUGCUGGUCUCAGGUGAUGUAUGUAGCAAAGAAUGAUUUUACGAGUUUCGUUUUACGAGAACUACAUACACAUAGCCAGACUUUGAUGUCUACUUGAGUGUCGUGGUCUCUAACGAACGGCAAUUUUCUGCAAUUGCUGGCCAAGUGGGUGCCGAAUCCGACCGCGCUGUUUUUCACGUGAGCAACAUUUGAAAGGAACUGCCAAAUGUAGAAUAUUAUCGCACCCAUGGUGUGUCAUAGUGAAUGAAAAAUGUAACACGUCAGUUGGGGAACUAAGGUAAUACACGUUUAUUCCGAAUUAUCUGGUCAAAACCUUUCGUCAAAAUGCAUGCUGCGGUGCAGAACAGGCACGUUCACUUUAAAAGAAUAAGGGACUUGAAAUGUUUUGCUCAUUAUAUAUCUCGCCCACUGUGGAUUUUCGAGCAUAAGCUAAAGCAUAAAAGAAAUCAUUUUAAUAUUUUGGAAUUAAUAUUAAGGCAAACACUUAUCACUUUCCUGCGUUAAAAUGUCCCACAAAAGCAGUGUAAGUCGUUUUCUUGAGAAGCCGAUGUUGCUCCUGCCUAGUCUUUAUUAAUGAUUGUCAUGAAAUGCCAUUGCUAUUCGACUGUCCGUGACCCCGUGUAAAAUAAAUGCACUGACCACCAAAUAUAGGAUUUAUGUACGUAUAAAAUGUAAAUUGCUCUACACUGCGUUGUUACUUAUGCUUUACUGCUAAAAAUGGGCAAAUCAAGCUUCAGCUAUACAGUGAAAUGUCACUAAUUGAGGUGGAUUAUUUAACACCUGGUGCCAAAAAUUUACAUACGUGCGUAAACUGAUAUUAUGAAGAAAAGCGGUCCCAGGGUUUCAGUUACGUCUAAAAAGCGUGCACGGCUGCUCUUAAAACUGAAUUUAAGCUGUAUUUUGGCAUAUUUUUAGAUAAUAUUGCCGAGGACUGAAAAAACUAAGCAUUUUUAGACAAAAGAGAUGUGUGGUCUAUCUGCAUAAAAUAAAUUUGUAAGUUGAAAACUAGGCGACCGUUCGAAAUCGCAAACACCCACAAGAUUUAAAAUCUUUGUAAUUGACAUUAAGAAUAAACGCCUUCCGAUCAAAAAUGUAACAUGUUGAGGUCAACAACGAAAAUUUCACUGCUUUUGAAGUUGAGUCAAAAGGUUUUUUCCCAAAUUUCUGGCAUGACUGUGCUAUUUAACAGGCCAAAAUAGAUAUUUUUUGCGAUACCUUCGGAUUGUUAAGCUAACUAGAUGUAAUUAGGGAAGAUUGAACUUUUUUUACGUAAAACAAUUGCAGGGCGGCGUACAUGCAUGCCCUUCUAAUAUGGUCUGAAUAUCAAAUAUCUUCACUGAUCUUGUGCUGCCUUACGUUUAAUAAUUAGAGCCUCUGCUGUAAAUGUGAAGAUGUUGUCAGUCCCACAAAUGUCACUUCAUGCAGGCUUAUCUUCACAGAGCAGUAUAUAUCAUAUCCUAUCUGGCUUAAACCUAUGCAACUGGCAACUGCAUGUCGUAUAUCAUCCGGUUCCCGUUUUUUUCAUCAACCUGACUGAAAUCAUACGGUGCAAGUUAACUGAACUACGUACGACCUAUUUCGUGUAAUCAUUUAGACCAACAUACAUCCGGACGCAUCUGCGGAAACAUUGUCAGUUCAGUUCUGCCUACUUUUAGGUCAGAGAUAAUAAAUUACUAUAGACAUCGUAGCUGUCCACAGCUGGGUUACAAUCGAUAGAUCAAAGGCCAAGCGCGAGUUUUCUUGGGCGGGUUGGCAAACCUAGCUAUGUGACCAAAUUGAUGGCCUAGAGUUAAGGCGUACCUUUUACAUCCCAGCGUUUUCCAUCCUUGGUUUUUGUAAAAGCAAGACUGCAGAAGGCGAAAUGUUAAGUUCUGUAAAAAUAUGACCGUGAUUUGCUAGUACAUGAUGGCGUUUAGUGAAAAUGUUUCCUGUACACGCACCACAUUAUUACCCUGUAAACGUCGUGCUUUUAGAUGAUGAAAAUCGUCGUUGUACGUGCAAUAGUGCAUUUAUGCCUACUUAUCCUAAAUAACAUUGAGGGGUUAAGUAGUUCGUUUGAUAAGAGCAUUCAGAGGAAGUCAGAUAAAUUAUUCAUGGUUCGGUCACUUUAACUUUGAAGAAAGAUGACGUAUGUGUAUUGUUAGUACUACAGCGUUUAUUACUACGUUUAUUGGGCCUGCGGUCAUGAUAUGUUUUGGGGUUUAAUGUCAAAGCCUCGAAAUCAGUUACGCAUAUACCUUGAAUGUCUUCAGAAGAAGAUUUUCAACAAUGGUAAAUUAGUCUGAAGAGCCAAUUCUGAUUUAUUUGCCGUCGCUAGACAGAACUGACCAUUUAAGUCUCCCUUAUUUCUUCAGUACUCUCUACAUAAUUCUAUAAGGAUCGAUACAAGAAACAUAGGUGUCCACAUUGCUGCUCUGCAUAUAACAACACCUCUUUUCACAACGAGAAAAGCCAAAAAAUCGGUUGUUUUUCGCAUCAGAGACACUGACAUCGAGGAUGAAUAAAUGUGUUGCAGAGAAUUGCGCGCAUAUGGGGGUUAAACCAGUUGAAAGACAGCCUACCACCAUGAAUCCGAAUAUAGGGAGCAACAGCUGCGUUGCAUCACAAGGACGCAAUUAAAUUCGACCAAAUCCGAGUGCCAUCUUGGUUGCCUAAUUCCUUUUAAGUCUUUGGCACUGGGUAUUUUUUUCCUACAAAUAUAUAUAUAAUCAUUUCCAACCGUACGAUGAUUUCCUUUGUGCAAAACUGCUGCCAAUAAACUGAACCUUGGCUUUUCUUUUACGCGCUUGUUUUUCUGCAUUAUUUUGUGUCUAACAAGGUUUUCUCACACAAGUCAAAAACCUAUCCGAACACGUGUGUGUGCGCUAAAGAGGGUGUCUACGGUCAUGUUGCAGCCCAUAUCAUGUGGAACUCAUAAUCGAAGCACAGUGCUGGAGAUUUUAGGCUUACUUCUUUAUGUCCUUUUGUCGGCAUGCGUUACUUCUGCAGUCAAAGGCGUGCCGGAGCCAGCGAGAGAAGGACAAUGAAGAGUCACUUCUGGGCUCGUAUAAAAUUGUCAUGCAUCAGAGCACUCAACAGAAGUACAUUAAUCAUGGUUUUUUUACUAUUAGCUGUUUGCGUGUUCUCAGGUUUACUAUGGAGCUGGCGACUAGAUACGCAGUGCAGUAUUUUCAUACUUGUGGAUGCUGGUCAUAUCUGGCGAACGCUUCCGUGGACUGAAUCUCAUAAAUUCUAGCAGCAUUUCUAAAUAAGUGCCUAAAAUUUGAGUUUGAUCCGAUGAAUAUCCAUAAAUACAAUCGAUCACGUCACAGCUAUCGUCCAUGUACGCUUCAGAUGGUCCCAGAAGGUCGACGCAUUAAAAGUAAGGAAAGAUAUCUCGAAUGUUCAAAAGUUUAUCAUACAAAAGGACUUUUAAAAGGUACCACAAACUUCCUUAGGCUUUAACUCUCCAUAAAAAUCUUUCACCACAAUUAACUUUCUAUUCUGAAAGGAAAAUCUACAAAACCUCACUGUUUUGAAACCAGAAUACUAGAAAACGAGAGUGAAAAUUUAGUUCACAAAGCGUCGCGAAAUUUGUGCUUUCCGAUUCGGGGAAGAUUUGAUCGGAUGUAAAAGUUAUUGGAUAGUAGGAAGGCAACAGGGGAGACUUUUAGUUUAUCAUUAUUGCCACAAUACUUAUUUUAUUUUAAUUUCGUAAAACUGCAAUGCAGAAACAAUCGGCGUGAGAGCUCUUGUCCGUCAUCAUAUAAUUUACGUCUAGCCUCACCAGAAAGUGCAGUUUUAGGAGUUUUCCCUGUGAAAAAGGGAUAGAGAUGGAAGACGAUUUUUACUGACGCCCCUUUACAUGCCUAUCUAACCCAAUCUGUCAAUCUAUACACCAGAAUAAUAUACGUACAAAAGAAUUAUGUAAUUCUCGCUGUUUAUUCUAGGUUAGUUGGAAAUGAACAAAGAUAUACAUUUGACAGACGUUUGUAUGAUUUGACAUUAUUCCUUAUGAUUAGAUGUAAGAUUUACAUUAGCAAAACAAUAUUUUAAGACAAAAGCGGGUUAAUCAGUCAGUCGACCGCCAAAAGGCCGAUCAAAAACUCAGAAAAUAACUGAUAUCCGUGAGUAGUUUCUGUUGAUUGAACGUGUAUAUCGGAUUUCUGUCAGAGUCUACGCAGCUUUCUUUGUAUUGUCAGCUGGCUUUGGAGUGUAAACAUACUAGUCAUCGCAUGUACUUAAAUGUAGUAAGUUGCACAAAAGUCUCUAAGUUUGCUGUUAAACAUUCAAACGACGAAUUCUCAUUUUCUCAAAACGAUUGAAUAAAUGUUUAAUUAAGAAAUCUUCCGUUUGAAUACAACAGGCGCAGAUUUGACGCUGUGGUUAGACCAAAAUACAUAUUUUAGACAGCAGGCGGAAGACACUUAGCUAAUCCUGGCAUAAAUCCCAUUCGGUAGGAUAAUAGCCUUGUCCGACAACUCGAAUCCCCAAUACCCAGGUUCGCUUGUUUAACCAGGGAAAAUGAUUCUAUUGGUCAGCGCUUUUGCACUUUUCAUGCUCGUGCAUAAAAAUAAAGCCUACGACUGAUAGCUCGUCAACAAUAGUAGUAGUCAGAUAGAUAGAUCAUAUCCAGCCAAAAAUCCUAUUAUUCAAUCCACCAGAAACAGUUCUUGGGAACUAUGACAAUGUGCAUUUUGAUUAGUGGUUAUGAAACCUCAUCAAAAGCAAUAGUACGAUCAAAAUUGUAAUUGUAGUAAAAUUGUUUUGAACGAUUACAAACUCCAGCAUGAAGCUGAUGAUGGCGAGACGGCUGUACGCAAUAGGAGCCGUGAUGUGCAGUUACGAGGGACAAUUUUAAUCCAGCAUUAGAAAGCAUUGUAACGCGUAGGCCGACGCCAUUUCCCUGCGAACAAUCGACAUAUUGAUCUUUGGUCAUGAGAAAUGCAGCGACGUAGUCCUUUUAUGCGCCUCUGCCGUUGCCAACUGGCAUUAGUAUUGCGAUUUCUGACUGCCUGUUUAAACUAACAAGGUACAGUGAGUGACCUAUCUCAUGGCAGGUUGGCUGAAAUUCUGAAAUGCGUUUACGAUUAGGAAGGAUUACUUGGUCGCGGUUGUAAUACUGUUUAUCUUGUGGCAUACUUUUAUAACAUUUCUGACUCGGCAGGAUGUCGGCUUUUCAAUGCACUUCUUUUAAAUCUCCUGUAGAAAGCGUGCUCGGUAGAAAAUGACUACUUAAGUAGCAUGCAUUUUUCCAAUUGAUUCUCGAUGGCCUUGCAAAUUCAAAUAUAUUUUAUAGAAACCACAAACAAAAUAUGCUUUAUUUUAGUCAAUCAAUAGAGAAUCACGUCUUCUUUAUAUUUUAUAUGUACGAAAGUAGUAUAAUUAGGUUUUAAAAAAGUUUUCUAAUUGCCGAAUAAUUUGGAGCCUGAUUAUUCGUUUCAUUAGCGCUUAGUGAUUACACUCUACAAGGUGUAUGCAUUCAGCGUAAAGAAAAUCACGUAUUUUUCUACGCUACUAAAGAGAUAUUAUACAGGGUCCAUAAAAUUUUGCAAUGGAUGCGGACCAUGUUGCACAUUUCAUGUGGAGCAGUGGUAAACGGCCAGGUACGAUGCUAUGUGAAUGGACAUAUCGCGGUCUUAAAAAGUCUCAUAAUUAGAAACUUUUUUAAAACCUAAUGAUACUAGUUUCUUAAGCAUAACAUAUAAAGGAAACUCGAUACUCUAUUGAUUGACUAUAAGAAAGCAUAUUUUGUUUGUGGUUUCUAUAAAAUAUAUUUGAAUUUGCAAGACCAUCCAAAAAAGCAAUGGGAAAAAUGCAUGCUACUGAAGUAGUCAUUUUCUACCGAGCACGCUUUCUGCAGGAGAUUGAAAAGAAGUGCAUUGAAAAGCCGACAUCCUGCCGAGUCCAAAAUGUUAUAAGAAUUUGCCUUAAGAUAAUCAGUAUCAUCACCGCGACCAAGUAAUCCUUCCUAAUCGUAAACGCAUUUCAGAAUUUCAGCCAACAUGUCAUGAGAUAGGUCACUCACUGUACUUUUUGGGGACCUGUUGGCGUCCACACAGUUGCUGUCGGCUGCUACGUGCGUGCGGAUGGAGCUAUUUGUGGCACCUGUCUUUCCCUUCCCAAGGCAGGAUGCCAGCUUGCGUUGUCCUAUCCCCCUUGGGCACGAUGUUUGACUCGUUCGACAAUUGCAACCUACUCCACAGGGACAAGUGAAGGCACGGGUGCGCCAGAGGGGUGGUCUGGAUGGGCAGAGUGCUGAGCAGAUAUAAUAGGGCAAUUAAAGAAUAAUGUGUGUACUUUAGCGGCUUGCAGGAGACGACUAAUCGUUACAUUCUGAGUCCUCUCAACUCGUAACUCCAUUGGAAAUGCCUGUUGGAAAUGCACCCUUAAGGAAGGAGCUGGUUUAUGAGAUUCUGAUAGACUGAGCGUUCACUCAGAGUACUCCAAGCGUUGCCUACUUCAAAUUCAAUGGUAAGGAGCAAACACAUUUUUGUCUCUGUUUUUUGAGCAAAUAAUCACGGACACUUAGAAUACGUGUUGAAAAUUUCACCUUAGCGGAAUUUUCCACGCAGAAACUCACUGUCUAGGCAAACUAGAAUAAAUUGCUUUGCUGGAUAUUUUACUUAGUAAAGGAUAAUGGAACAAAUCAGUUCAGCAAACGUUUGGGUAAAAGCUCCUAACGGGGCUUUUUCCAUUUUGUAUGACUAGAGUGAGUGAGAUGGCCGAAAUUCUGAAAUGUGUUUCCGACUACAAAGGAUUACUUAGGUGGCGUAGUAAGGUGAACAACUACGCUUCAUAAUUCAAUAAUAGUUCGGACUUAAUAUAAUGUUGGCUUGUGAAUGCAGUUGUUCUCGACUUCCUAUAAAAAUCGUACCCUACAGAAAAUGAUUAUCAAAUAAUAAGCAUUGUUUUACCUUAAUUACCGAUGUUUUGAUAUAGUCAAAUGCAUUUUUAUAAAUAAUGCACGAAAUUGUGUGUCCUAUGCACUUGGCAAUACAACUCAUCUUGUUUAAUUAUGUAUUCAAGGGAAGUGUGUAUUUAGAUUUUAAAACAGCUUUCUAAGUCCCAAAUAAUUUGCUGCGACACCAGCCGUUGCAUUAGCGUUUACUGGCUUCAGUCUACAAGGUGCAUUCUUUCCGAUUACGGAAAAUCGUAUGUUCAUCUAUGCCUCUGAGAAGAUGUCGUGUUUUAGUUCACAAAAUCUUGCAAUGAAUGCAGACCGUUUUACAUGUUUCGUGAGGAGAAGUGAUUAGUUUUCUGCAUAAAUUUUCACAUCAACGUUCGGGCCGGUUCUAAAGUGCUCUUUCUUAAAGGAUCUGCCCCAAUCGAGCUUACGAAUUCAUGUAAAAUUAUCAAAGUCGAAAAUAACUUCAUUUUUUUCCUUCGAUGACGAUCGUAUAAUCCUUAGGUUUGUCCCGACUGUAAUAAACUCGGAGUGUCGGUGGGAUUUGAACCCCCUACGGUAUUUGAAGGCUUUAUAACAGCCAACGCUCUAGCCACCUGAGCUAUCAGGCCCCAGGGAGGGGGGGCGUGAUCUUUAUCACAUUUGUGACAAGUUACUCACGCACCCUACUGCUCGUCUGGAAUCCCUCAGCCAUGAUACCCUAAAUUGACUGUCUAAGCAGGAUUUCCUAAGUAACCCACUUCAAACCCACCAGAAGGUUCAUGUCACUAAUAGAGUAUCAGAUAAUCGUUGAUAAUGGUCACGUAAAGUGUUUUUAGAUGUUCUUAAUUUCCUCCACAAAGCCUUCUUUGGUUGUAGACCAUAGAUCUCAUGGGGAUGUUCAACACUUAGCGUCCCGGAAUUGUACAAAGUUAUUUGCUCUAGUGGUUCUCAGGCCCAGGCAACGAUUAAUGCUUCCACUUCUUCUCCUUUUUCUGUUUCACGUUUAACUGAUAUAACUAUCCCUUUUGUUUCCCAUGGACCCCAUUUAACCCUACUAUACAGUUGCAUUUUCUUAACGAAAACUUGUCAACAUGCAUGCUGCUCCUUUUAAUCUACUCCAGAAGGCUGUUAGAUGACAACUGGUAUUCGGCUAUAGAUAUGCUUACAUUUGGGCUUCAAGAAAGACAAAGUAGUCUGAGUGCUUAAAGGGUAUGAUUAAAAUGGUCACAGAGAUAAUGAAUAAAAUUAAAUUUGUAGAGUAGAAGUGGUAGGCAUUCCGAGAUGAUAUAAUGAAAAAGGAGGAGUUUCCUCGGGAAAAUCCGAGUUGUACUCGUGAAUUUUCGAAUUGGUGGCACCAACCCGUCGUCAGACGAAAUGAAGAGAAAAGAGAGAGUGAGACAGUCAUUCUAGACUAAUAGACGAGACAGGACAAACAUUGACGGACGAACCAUUAGCAUGUGAGGAGGAAUGCGGGUAGGGAGUCAUGCUGGGUUCUGAGCCGGGAGGGUAGGAAGGGGGGGGGAACCGUUACGGUUCCCCGUGUUGGAGGGGAGGGAGAAUGGUAGGUUGGCAGAACUGCGGGCGCCUGGAUUAGCGGCUGCUGAUGCGGCGUGGGGUUCGGCUUAGUGAGGCGUGAUCUUAGGCCCUCAUAAUAGGCGUCGAGGUCGACGUGGCGGUUGAUGCUGUCCGCGUUAGAGUGCCAUGCCUCUAGGAAUUCUCUCGCCCGUUUUGUGUUGGCCGUGGCGAUGACCUCGGUGUUAUCCCAAUUAAAACGGUGGUCGCACUGGAGUGCGUGUGCAAAGACGAGGGACAGUGGAUCACGGCGACGGACAGCUAGUUUGUGGUCAUUAAUACGAGUCCCUAGGCGUCGUCCUGUAGGACCAACAUAUACGCAUAAAUUUGUCAGGCUAAUGCAAGUCGUUUGCUGAUGAUUUCUACUGAACGCUUAGGUGCUUUGAAUAAAAUAGUCCAUAGCCUAUCUGACUUUCGCUGAACAUUGAUUUACGGUCCGCUGUCCAAGUCUGGAGUACAGACCUGAUCCUAGAGUAGUUAUAUGAUAGCCAUGAUUGUCAUUUGAGGGAUACAACUAUCAUAUCACCCUAAAAUCGUCAAUUUGUUCGAGUAUGACAAGCGAAAAUGUCGCUAAGUAUUAUUUAUCAUUUCAGCAAUUGGCAGACGGCGUCAUGAAUAAAUAACUAACCAAAGGUCCGCAUAAAUUUCUGGAUCGCUUAAUUGACCGUAUGUGGGCAUCGCGUAAAGACUGUUGUGUAGGCUUGCUUUUAUCGUCAAAUUUUAGUACUGAUUUAUAAUAAAUUGCCACGGCAAUGCGAGACAGGUCUAUGAUGACUGAAGUAAGCAAAUGCGACUUCUUCCUACUUGGGCACACACACAAAGCGCCACACAUUGACAACGCAAUUAGCACUGGUGUUUAGCGUUCCCUUUUGCCGUUCCAGGACUGCCAACGUUCGCGGCCGAAUCUCGAGUUUUUGGCGUCAGGCAGCACUAGCAGCCCUUCGUAACCAGUCCCGUGCGAACCAGUCCCAUGUCGACCGCAGACCCGCAAAUGCCUCACUUUCCAUCCUAGAGGAACUUUUCCGUGAGUCCUGGCCGACCGCAUCUCAGGUCGAACUGUGGCAGGAGUCCUUUCAAAAUCUCCUUCAAGACGAGGGUAAGUCCGUUGCAUUUUGGCUGUCUCAGGCUAGAUAUGUCGAACUGAAAACCUCUAGGACGUUAGAUUAGGCUGAUUGGCUGAGCUACUACAAUAAAAAAGGGAUUUGGCUUCCCCGAUACUGAGUUGUAGCUGUGUUUUUUCUUGCUGACCUCCAGUGCACCAUUGCAAAGCCAGUGAUAAUUUCCCGCUCUCCAUGCUGACUGACGACCAAUCGCAAAUCCAUCCUCCGUCCUCGUUUCAACUGCAUCAAAAUAUUAACACCUAAGGGCUGAUGGGCGGAAAACAGCCCAGGCUUUUUGACUAUGAUUGUUCAUUUCAGCCUCCCGGAUCUCCAAAAACAAAAGCGAAACCUCAAGGUUCUUAGUCGAACGAUUUUUGCGCACGGAAGGAUCCCUUUUCUGUUAAAGGACGCUUUGUUUUGCUUUAUUUCUAUUAGCUGUACGACCUCAUCUUCGCGUGCCGGUGUUUCCCGUCGCUCUCUCUAAGUGCAGCAAAAAUAGGCCUCAUUUUUCGUAACAUGUGGGUGAUUCUUUCUACUACCAGCUCACUGCUGAACUGCGACGAAACUGAUCCAGUUUUUAAAAAUAUGACAUGAUGUGACAUGUCACCGAUAAACGUUGAAUCAUGCAAUAAAUUAUUCCCCUCUCAGGAAACCAGCGCAAGGCUGAUAAUCGUUUUCACCCCAUGCCUGACUCUAACACUGGCUAACCUGACCAUAAAAAUGGACCUGAUCUUAGCCAUAGCCCUUCCAACUUUAACUUGAGCGAUAUCUGACCCUCAAAUUAACUCCGGAUUUAAUAAUUGCAUUGACUCAGGACUUAUCCUCUUUUGGGAUUUGGCACAAGCUCCUGUAAAACGGGGUUUCCACAACCAUACUCUAGGCUAAUAACUUCUUUCAUGCUAGCGUAACCUUGUAGGCUAGUAGUUAUUCACCGUCGCUUAUUUGAACGCAAAAAGGUUAUACGUUGUUGACGAGGAGUCAAAAAAGAGAGCGAUGUUUGAAUAGCUUACGGCAGACCAUAAGAUCAAACGUAACCAUAAUUCGAACUAACAAUUCCUGUUUAUGUUCGUGGAGGUCGCGGUAAGCGUGUUUCUGAACGCGACUCAAUGCUAGAUGCUUCCAUGCACUGUUAGACAUGUGGCCUGGUGCUCCAGAAGUGACCAGCUAGAAACCGGAACUGCUCGUAUGGAUCAAAAUUAAGGAAGUGUUGCGUUUCUUAAAAAAAUGGCACUGCGGGUAUAUGCUGGCACACCUGGAUGCAAAAGCCUACCACGGUCAGUGUGGUUGGCCAUCUUUUCUCUGUUUUCGUAACUAAUUUUUUAGAUAAAAUACAGUUUCAUGGUAGCUUUUUGUAGAGCAGAUUUACGCUACCAGCGGGGGCUAGAUCGCAGUUGCUAGCCGGGCCCCGUAUUACAGGUGGCUGGGGUUUGUUUAGCGGGGCCUUUUUGUGGGGCUGUAUAAUCACUUCUGACCCAAUUGGCUUCCGUUUUACGUUUGAGGUUAGCAUUAGGGUACCGGUUAAUGGUUUCCGAUUUCCUGGUUAGGGUUUGACCUUUAGGCUUAGGUUUUCUGGUUACGGUUAGGGUUUGCGUUUACGAUUAGGUUUCAGUAUCACGGUUAGGUUUUUCAGUUAGGGCUAUGUCUAGGGGCUACGAUUACGUUUACGAUUUUGGUUAGAGUUAGGGUUAGGGUUAAGGUUGCCGUUAGUCAACGGUUUACGUUUUAGAUUAAGGUUAGGGUUAGGGCCAAGGUUAGAAUUAGGGUUAAGCUCGCCGUCCGCUUUCCCAUUCCAGGCUACCAACUGCAAUCUAGCCCUAGCGAGAACACGAAAUUGACAAAAAAUGAUUAGCAUGCGAUGUUAAAGCACGCAUUAUCCCUUUUCUGGAAUUUCUGCGUGUUUCAGUUUAUCUAUAGUAUGAAAUUGCUGAUUUGUAGGGCGCAAAUAUUAUGCUAACAAAAAUAGUAUUAUAUUUUUGUUUUUGGUGUAGGUGUCAUGUUAUUAUGAACGACAACAAACGUCAAGAGCAGCGAUUAUCUCACAAGAAUCUUCUGAGCCAUACGCCUAACGACAAAAUGUUGCGUGUAAAUUCGUGCAUAGUUAACUGGUAUAGUAUGAUUUAUGUGGACUUAGUGCCGUCAACGGAAUCCAGAGAGGCAGAUGCGAUCUUUGGUGCUAGGGUUUUAUGUGUCCGACGUAUUAUGAUUUGCACUGGCAACCAACAUCCCAGACAGCAUCCGUUAAGAGUGAGUCGCCCCACUCAUGGGAUGCAGUUACUAAGUUAGCGCACACCUAUCAAAAUUAACAGCCACCUCAUCCCUUGCAGAUAAUUGCACUUACUUCGAUACUAAAUUAUUAGUCCAGACCCAAGUUGCUAACUGCCGUUACCCUUCCCCUAGUGGUGUUAAUUGGUGUGAUAAUGGCCCUCCAAUUUGGGUCACUAGAACUGCCACUGAUACCGACUCUCCCCUUCUCGCCCAAUUACUCCGACAGGACAAUGACUCAGCGCGGAAUACGGAGUCACUGGAGUGAAGUAAACAGGUUAACCGACUGCUGACAGAAAAGUGUGAUUCCAGCCGCUCGCGCCUUACGCAGUUGUAAACUCCCGGGGUCAUUUCGACCCCGUCAAUCUGGAAGCCGCAAGAGGGUUCACCUGAACGAACUAGGAUUUUGGAAUUCUGAUGACCAUUUGGCGUGUUUAGACAAAUUCUCAUUGGGCUAGUACAUUUAUAUGGGGAAGGGGUACCUAGUAAAACGUGUGAGGGAUAAGAUCAAUCGAUUACGUUCCGUUUAUUCGUACACGUGGGGGGCGUCAAUGGGGGGAGGACACAGUAAGUGACAGUGCGGGUUAGAUAGAGACGUAACACAUGCGGACGGGAGGGAGGGGCGGGGACUCAGGGUCAUGCGAGCGGUUAAGCAAUCAUUGGCCUUGGUAGGUGCAAAGCGUGCAAACGGUUUUUCUGCGCGCACAGGACCGGCCUCUCUAGCCUGAUGACACUCCCCUCUGCUGUUGCUAGUAAGCGUCGACCCUCUUGCUUAGGGUAGUUAGGUGGGACCUCGUUAGUCACAGGAAAGGCUCUGUUGGGGUUCACGCGAUGCUCAGAAUCAACCAUGUGCGCGAGGACGGAGCUGUGAAUGAUAUCAAAUUCACGCUUUCUCAUCGAUGUCGGUAGGUGUUCUUGUAUUCUUCCGCGUAGGCGCCGACUCCUUCGACCAAUGCAGCCUGCUCCACAUGAGCAAGUAAAAGAACAAAUGCACAUGGAGGUGAUCAGAUCUGGCAGUCUAUCUUCAUCUUCCCAGCAAAAGACGUAGUUUGACGAGAACAAUAAUUUAACUCUUGUUGUCGACAAGGCCCGUGAAACGGUUAGAUGAAUGCGUCUUUGCAGGAGGAUAUUUGCAGCGUCCACAUAUAAAUAGACCUUGAGGAACAGAAUGUUCUGUCCCACCGUCGAUAGGAUGAGGUUGCCGGUCAUUCGGCAAGAUUCCUUACGAUAAAACUGUUAGGAUAACCAUUCUCGCGAACUACGUCCUAGAUUCUUCCAAGUUUUUCAUCACUGCUCACUGUCAAACAGACGUUUCGAGUCUCUUGAGCCAAAUAACGGACUACAUAAGAUUUCUUUUGAAGGGGUGCUAAACUGCAGAAGUCCGCAUAUUACUCAGACAACGUAUCAUUUCGAUAGACGCUUCUGCAAACGCUGCCGGAAGCUGUUCUGCGCAAAAACGACAGCUAAAAAAGGCAGAGAGCCUGUCGUUUCCACCUCAGACAAACCUGACCAAUGCGUGUGCUCGAUUUAUAGCCUACAAGAUAGUGGAUAUAUUGGUUUCUCUAGUAGCGAUUGCAAAGAGGCCGUCAAUGUAGCGACCGCACUUCCUUAGCUUAUUGAUGUGGAACUUAACCAAGACUUCUCCAGCUUGUCCAUGAAGAUAUCGACUAGCAGAUGACCAGGAGGCGAUCUCAUGGCAACUUCGUCUGUCUGUUUAUACAUUUAGUUGAUAAAUAGAAACUGCGCAUUUCAUGUGCGUUCUAGUAAUAGUUCCUUGUGUGGGUUCGUCGGAAUACUUAUUUACUGGUAGUCAGUUGACACGAAGUCGCAUACAUACACAAGUGUCUCCGUGACCGGAACGUUUGUAAAAAGUAAUGCCAAUCUAAGUGAAAAAAUUCAUUUAACCCCUUAACGUUAGGUCCCUGACGUCUUCAAUGAGUUCAAAGGUAUCCUGAUAACUCUGUGGUGCUGUUUGAUACAGCACAGGUUUCAUUUUCUCUGCAAACGUUACACAUUCUGACACUGUCACUUAUGAUAAAUUCGAGUUUGAAUCUGACGCAGCAUACGUGAUCGGAUGGUCUGAACUUGUAAAAAAUGCACAUCAAAGGACUCCAGCUAUCAAACCCCUCAGCCUCUCUAUUUAACAGUAUUGACCUUGAACAACUCGUCAUCGUAUGACAAAAAUCGUACUUUUUGCCUACAUAUAAUGACAAAUUUACUUUUCGCGUUAACCGGCAAAAGUCGCAAGUUUAGGAGACGUUCAUUUAAAGCGUCAUAUCAAGCGGAAACAGGUCUUGACGAAUUAUGGCAAACAGUCAUGUCAGUAAAACCUGCAGGGCAGUCUAGGAUAUGGUAGUCCCCAUACGACCAUCAAUGGAAGGACGUACUUCAAAAAACAAAUGCCUCGCUCGCACGUUCAGUUACUUUAAAAAAACCGGCAUCUGGUCGUCUACUCUUCCGCCUUCGGUUGAAUUAGUGAAGACAAGCGCGGUUCAGCCAACAGCAAAUAGUGUUGAGGACACAUCGUUACGCCAGCCCGUGGGUCUUUACAAACUUUGACGAAAAUUAUGUUCCCGUAUGGUCGGAUCCCCUAAAAAUAUACUGAGCGUCCGAUUUUGCUGCUUAAUUAGUUGGAACAAACCAUUGACACCUGCCCCUGGAAUGUCCUACAAGUAUUUUUUAGUUUUCCCCAUUUGACUAGCUACAUCAAACAAAGUCUCGAAGGGCGUCCUGCAUCAGAUAGAUUAGUAGGUAGUUUCAGCAGGAGACAUCUGCAAGAUCUGUGAUUGCGUCAUCAUUCUAUUAGCUUUUUGUUAAUCUUGGUUUGAUGCCUAAGUGGCGGAACAUUCUUUAAAGCCGCAGUAACUCAAAGUUCCACAAAUCUAAGAAUCAAAUAGCGUUAAAAAUUUGGUGCAGGGGUUUCGAUUACGGCACGUUUCAUGGUACACAUCUGUUUAUGUAUUCGAAAACCUCCGUCUUUAUAGCUACCGCACAAGGUCGAGUACUAUCGCUGAGACGUGUCAAACUAAUUGAUAUGUUAGGGGGCGCUCACCGAUCGUUCAUACGGAACUCACUCGUUCCGUUGUGCCUUAUGGACUCUCUCUCGAGCCCAACCAGCAGUCGCACAGCGGCGCAUGAUAUAUAGGCAGAAUGGUAUUGCCGGCAAAGACAAGAGAGACUGGAAUGGCCAUUUCUGGCUUAUUAGCCGUCGUCAGUCAGCCAUACCCAAGCCCGAGUGAGUUCCGUAUGAACGAUCGGUGAGCGCCCCCUAACAUUGUAUAUUCCCGAUCGAAAACCGACAAGGCAACGGGCUCGUGGCCCGGUGAGUAGAGGCGUUUACUUCUAAACCAACAUGUCGCGAGUUCGAGGCCCGGGUGUUCCGCACUUCGGGCUUGGGUAUGGCUGGCUGACGACGGCUAAUAAGCCAGAAAUGGCCAUUCCAGUCUCCCUUGUCUUUGCCGGCAAUACCAUUCUGACUAAUUGAUAUGCUUAAAGAUGUCGCAUGAUAUGGCAGCAAAUGGCUCUUCCUGAUUAUUUUCACAGCAAUAAUAGGGGAUUUAAUGAAGUCAUGGCAAAGAGGAAUUUACAGUCAAUAAAAUACAGUCGUAAAAUACUGAAAUAUAAAUCGCGACGUAUUAUGAGUUUGCAAGCAUGAUAGCUAAAAGAGAGAUGUCUUUCUGUAUUGGCGGACGCAACGAAAAUCAGACACAGUACCUUUUACUAAAAUGUAAGUAACUUAUGUUGUUUUUAAAACUAAUUCGCAUUGCACAUAAUUCUCGCUAGAUUUCUACCAGAUAAGACCUGCGCACACUUUUUAAGAAUCUUAUCAGCGGAAGUCUAGCAGACAGUCACGCAUAAAAUGCAUUCCAUCGUGUUACGAGUUAGGCAGUACUGCCAUAAUAUCUCUGUCGUAUUUUUUGCCCGACAAGACACCCUAGUGUCCCUUAAUGUAACUAAGAGUUUUUCUUGCAAGCAGUGUGCGACAAGGGAAUGAUAUGAUUUCUGCAUCAAUAAAUCUAAUUAGAGAGUAGAGAGCAGUAUAAACGAGAUGAAUAAGAAUAGCGAAAGACUGUCCGCUAUUACUAACAAACAUAAUUUUUGUGUAUUAUCUGUAGAUGUAUUCAUAAGUUUCAGACAUACCAUAAUACUUGGGCGAAUCCUAUAACCUUUAGUAAAAUAAAUCUUCCGCAACGCGUAACAUGUGGCAUACGAUUCGCUGCUUAUUACUACAUUGUGCCUACCAGAACUUAACUUCAAUCACUUUCUCUAAUCUUCCACACAUUCAUCUAGAUUGAUUCGCACACAACAACCUAGUUGUUACAAAACAUUGCUUUAAAAUUGCACAGUGCCUUGUACGUCACACUCGAAAAAUCACGACAACGUACAAUAAAAUGUGCUGGCAAUUUAAACAGAAGAAAUUACCCCUAGAAAAAACUAAUAUUAAUGACUGAAAAGUGGACAUUACAACAAGGCCAAAAUCAAUGAAGUUGUUUUUCAAACAUUCUGGCAGGCAUGGAUUUAUCGGUCUGUGUGGUUUUCGAAUAUUUUCACUCAAAAGUGUUUGGCGAGGUUACGCGUGCUUUCGAUAAAUUUGCAUCGCGCCUGUACAUUUAUACGGGAACGAGGUACAAACUAAACAUGUGAGUGAUAAGUGCAAUAAACUUUGGGUCGUCUUUUCAGACAAACGGGUAAUGUGAAUAGAGUGAGGAAGGGGGGGAUAGAAGAGGAAAUUAGGCAGUAACAGUGACGGUUACGUUGAGGUGGAAGGGAAGGAGGUGGGGACGUGGAGACCUGCAUAGAGUUAAUCGAUCCUGGCCCACGGUAAGGGGUUUUUCUCCGCGCACAUGACCGGCCUCCGUAGCCUGAUGGCAGUUUUCUUUGCUGUUGUUAGUAGGCUCUCACCUCUUGCUUGCGACAGUUAGGUGAGACCUUGCGAAUCACACGGAAGGCUUCGGUGGUAUCCCCACGGUGCCCAGAAUCACCCAUGUGUGUGAGAAUAGAGCUGCGUACGCUCUUAAAUUUACUCUUCGCCGGCCAAGCCAACAAGCCCUCUCGUAUUCUUGCGGACAGGUGCCGACUCGUGUGACCAAUUUAACCUGCUCCGCAUGAGCAAGUAAAGGAGCAAAUGCACAUGGACUUGGUCUGAGCUGGUAGCCUUUUCUUACCUUCCCCGAGAAAGACGGGAUUGGUCGAAAACGAUGCUUGAACUCCUUCUGCCGGGAAGGACCGUGAAACGGUUUGGCCAAGGCGCCUUCUAAGGAGCUCACUCGCCGCAUUCUCUGAAAAAGGGACUUUGAGGAACAGAGUUUUCUUUUCUGCGGUCGGCAUGAUUGUUUUAGCCGGUCGUUCGGUAAGAUUUCUUUCAAUAAAUCUGUCAGGAUACCCGUUCCCGCGAAGCAGUUCCUGGAUACUUCUAAGUUCUCCAUCAACGCUAUCUGUCCAACAGGUCUUUGUAACCCUUUGUGCCAAACAGCGGACCAGGUGACGUUUCAGUUAAAGAGGUACGAAACUGUAGAAGUUCGUUUCUUGUCCAGCCAAGAUUUCCUGUCGGCUAGAUCGCAGUUGGUAGCCAGGCCCCGUUUUACAGGUGCCAGGGGUUUGCUUAUUGGGGCUAUUUUGUGGGGCUCCAUAAUCACAUCUGACCAAUUUGGCUUCCGUUUUUCGUUUGAUUAGGGUACCGGUUAAUGGUUUUCGAUCUUCGGGUUGAGCUUAUGCCUUUAGGCUUAGGUUUUCGGGUUACGGUGAGGGUUUGAACGUAUGAAUGGGUUUCAGUAUUCUGGUUAGGUAUUUCAGUUACAGCCAUGUCUAAAGGCUACGGUUGCGUUUAGGAUUUCAGUUAUGGUUGGGGUUAUGGUCGCUGUUAGGGUUAACGGUUAAGUUUUAAGGUUGAGGUUAGGGUUAGGGUUAAGGUCGCCGUCCGCCUCCGCAUUCAUGUCUGCCAACUGCGAUCUAGCCGUCCUUUCGAUGGACACUUCUUCGGACGCUGCUGUCAGCUCUUUUGCUUAGAAGUGUGUCUGUCGAAGACAGGAAUCCUGCCCUUUCCACCUACAAAGAAAAACCUGAACGACAGAUAUGCUUGAUUUACAGUAUCAAAGAGAACGGUUAUGUCGGUUUCCCUGACGGCAAUUGCAAAGACCUCGUCAACUUAGCAAUCUUAGCGCCAUAGCUUAUUGAUUUGGCCGUUUUACUAACACUUCUCCAGCUUGCCCAUGAAGAUAUCGACUAGGAGAGGAUCAAGAGGCAAUGACAUAGCAACUUCGCCUUUUUGUCUAUGAAUAUAGUUGUUAAACGGGAACUGCAAAUUUUGCGUGCAUCUUAGUAAUCAUUCAUUGAGUGCGCUCGUCGGAAUACCUUUUUUACAGUGAUUGUUUGACAGAAAUUUGCCUAUGUACUUAACAUUCUCCGUGAUCGAAACGUUUAUUGAAGAGUGAUGAGUCAUCAAGUGAAAACAUUACCAUACCGUCUACAUUUAGGUCUUUGGCGUCUUCAGUGAAUUCGAAAAUCUCCCAGUAGCAAUCUGGUGCCAGUUGAUACUGUUGAGUUUUGAGGUUCUCUACUUACCACUUCGCUGACGCAUGAUAGUGAAAGUUGCGCAUUUCCAAUAUCUGAAGGACUGGUAGGCCGUUCUUGUGAAUCUUUGAUAAACCAUGCAAUCGGUCGUUUGCGAUUUUCUUACCUGAAUAACUUCAAUUUUUUGCGAGUGAAUGACAAGUAUGGAUGUAAAAAGUGAAUUCAAAAUGUGGACUGAGAGAAAGCUAUUAUUAGCUUAUAUUACCACUGACAAAAACUUUGCACGUAAAUGAACGCUUUAAAUUGACUGUUUCUAAAUGACGUCCUGUCAAUAGAAAAUAUAUGACACCCGUCUGUUCCCCAAGGACAGAUACAGUAGAUACGCCAGGUCAUGAAAAAAUGGCUGAAAUUCUGAAAUUUUCUUUAAAUUCUAAAAUAUUUCCUUAGUAGAAUUGUAAUUUCAAAUGUCAUGUAGCAUAAUAUUAAGAUAUCUCAGACAUGUCAGGAUAUCGGCCUUUGAGUGAGUUUCUUAUUGGCCGCCUGCAUAAACUACAUCCUUCAAAAUGGCUACUUAAGCAGUGUAAAGUUCAUCCCAUUGAUUUCGGUGCCCUUGUAAAUGCAAUCUCACUUUACGGGAGACAUCCGCAAAGAAUAUUUUUUGCUCAUACGGUAGAAAAGUAAGUCUUCCUAUGUAAUGGGCGUGCGCCUGUUUGUCUGGCCAGAUAAGGAAACUGGCGUUGUUUUGAUGGACAGGGUAGGUUACAUUACAAACAUACAGUCAAUUCUGUCGGAUCAGGAUAAGUUUAGAAAGAAACAGAUGGAGAAGGACCGUACAGAUGAGAUUAAAGCACGACUGACUGACUGCCUGAAAAGACUUCAGGCGGAUGGUUGGAUAGGCGAACGCGACGUAGAGCGCCUCCGACCCGUCGGCAGGCAUACACCUCGGUUAUAUGGCUUGCCGAAGAUCCACAACGAUGGCGCAGCGAUUCAUCCGAUCCUCGUUAUGAGGAACUCGCCUUACCAUGCAAUAGCGAAGUGGCUGUCGGAGAAUCUUAGGCCUCAGCAGUGUCAACUAGCGCCACAUAGCUAUCGAGAUACAUUUGAAUUCACUAACGGUGUAAAAAACCUCGAUCUGAACGAAUUUGUCAUGUUUUCUUUAGAUGUUUCAUCCCUUUUUACGAACUUACCGGCAAAGGAAACGGUCAACAACCUUUCUGAUUACAUUGCCGACAAUCACCAGGAUGUAGAAACGCCCGUGAAUGCCCUCAAGGAAUUGGUAUUGCGGUGUCCUCUGAUUGUACAGUUCGUAUUCGACAAAAAUCUAUAUAGGCAGAUGAAAGGCGUAGCUAUGGGCUCACCUCUUUGUCCGCUUUUGGCGAAUAUAUUCGUGGGAAUGUUAGAGGUUUUCCAGCUACCUCACCAGAUCAACGGUUUAAAAUACUAUGGGCGGUACGUGGAUGAUAUAUUUACAAUUGUACCGAAGCAAUGUGACAUCAUAAUUCUACUGGAUGACAUAAAUCAGGCGCACCUAUCAAUAAAAUUCACUCUGGAAGAAGAAUCCUCCGAUUCACUUCCUUUUCUGCAUUCGCUUCUGAGUAGAAGACCUGACGGCAGCAUUCGACGUAGCGUCUAUCGUAAGAAAACCUUGUCUUGACAAUACACUCAUUUUAGGAGUUACGUACAACUAAACGUCAAACGUAAUUUAGUCCGCUUUUUGACAGUAAUAGUGAGAAGAAUCUGCACAGCUGAUAGCGUUGAGAAUGACCUUAAGAUCAUUUAAAAGCCUUUUUUCGCUAGAAAGGGUAUCCUGAUCGAUUUAUUGCUAAGAACGUGGCCAAAAUACUGCAAAAGGCUCAACAUCAGCGUCCCACGAAAAGGGGAUGCACAAAGCGAACUUUUAAGAAGACGCGUAACGCAAGCUCUAUCAUAGAUCUUUCCAGCAACUGACACCAGUGUACCGUUCUCCACAAAUCCCAUCCCACAUUGCAAGGGCAAGGGCAAACUGCCAGUUCAGACCACUUCUAUGUGUAUUUACUCCCUCACCUGCUCCUGUGGGACAGAAUAUAUUGGUCGCAGCAGCCGGCGGUUAUCCGAAAGAAGAAACGAACAUAUUCCACCAUGGUUAGGAAAUGGUCAAAUAAAGAACAUCAGCAGCUCGAUCCUCGUGCACACGGUAGACACAGACAACCGUGUAGACGCCAGAGAGGCCUUCAAAGUAAUGUACAAGGUCCCAUAGUGCUAUGCAAAAUUACCUAGGCAGCGCUUGUUGAUUACGGCAGAGGCGGCUGCAAUCAGGCUAAGCGAACCGAUCCUAUGCGCACAGAAGAACUUCAUACAGGUCCAACAGUUGUCAUGGGUCAAAGCCACCAAAUCAUCCGUCCGCAUGUAAUUACCGUCGUGGGGACCCUCCUUCUCCCUGACAAUGACUGGAACUGCAGUGUUUCACUCUUUCCCUACCCUCCUCUCCCCAAACCCGAUGUACAGCAUAAUUAUCCACUUGCCCGUGUCUUUUAAAUAAUUACUUCCCUAGCCAUAUACAUGUGCAGGCCUGAAGAGAAUUUAUCGAAAGCAGACGUAUGCUGGCCAAAUUGCCUUUUGAUUUCUACACUGGGAAUUUUCGCUACUCUACAUAAAACAACGUUAGAUUUAUUUUACUAACCACAAAGGUGGUUUACCUUUUAGACAAAAAAUACUAAUCUAGAUAGCACGCAUGUUACCUAUGUGUGUAUGUAACGGUUGAUCACGUCUGGACUAUAAGCCGGAGAGUUAUUUUGAAAACAGUCUGAGACCUCCAUGGCGUAAAAGGUAAGUUGGAGGGCCAUAAAAUUCCGCGAAUGGAUACUUGUACUUAAAACACUUACGGAAUAUUUUCUACCCCACCGGACAAAUCAAAGCAGAAACCAUGAGAAUGAGAGGAGGAACAUUUAGAAUUUAAUUACAGGAAGUGUUUUUUCUUUCUCAAAUAUAGAUGGCCUGCGCGUUUUUCGAGAGUUUCUUCGUGGUGAAUUUAGCGACGAAAAUAUCGAGUUCUGGGUAGCCUGUCAACAGUACAAGGCUCUGAAGGUUGGGAACACUUCAAAGGAUCAAGCGCAGAGAAUAUACGAUACGUUCAUUGCCUUUCAAUCACAGCGUGAGGUAUGUCGUUCUCGCCUACUACGAUGGCGUACGCCUCUGUACAUUAAAGUUAUUAUUUGUGUUUUUUACCCUAAAACCAGGCGUUUAAUAAUUCAACAUUUGUUAACGCUUUAAACAACCAUUCAAAACUUGUGUGAGAGAGUUAGCUUUAAUCUCCAUCGUCAUGACUUUUCAGUGAGUCAUAGGAGAAAAGACACAACUCUUGGCAGGCUCCGUGUCAAAUGAGCCCCGUCUGAAGAUUGUGUCCUCCUGUCGUUAGAUAUUUAAAUUAUGAUAAAACGAACUCCGGCAGGUAUAUGCGACCCAAAACCCUCGAAAAAUAAACGCCAGCCCAGUUUGUGAUCAAACGCAGGUGCAUCAGUGCAAAAGCAAACAAAUGUGAAAAAAAUUUGUUCACAGUGCGCAGUGCUAAAAUGUAGCACCCACUUAUAUAUAGUCAAGAUCUCAUAAAGCACUUGUAAUGCGUUUCAAGUGCUUAAGAUGGCACACUCGCAGACUGGAAAAUUGGCGAUCUAGCCCAAAUCAUCCUAGAUGAUGCCGGGUAAUGACCUUCGAACUAUGUAAGUGUACGAAAUUUCGUAAUCCAGCAAACAUUUGAAAAAUUAAAAAUCGUUACAAAUGGUUUAAACUUUUGCGUUUGUUAACUUGUCGCAUUAAGUAAACUACUGUAGUUUACAGGACGCAAAUACGAUGAACUGUAUGAAAUAACGCAAUUUGAUAAACCUGUUUAUCAUCGUCCUAUCCGAUAAUAUGGAACAUUGUAAUGGAUUUUAUCUGCAUUGCUUCUGGGAAAAUAAUAUCAUGGCCUCCCAAAGUGGCAACCAACGAGGAAGCCGUUGCCGGAUCCAAUGUUGCCGUUCCCAAUUUCAGAAAAUGCUUGGGUUUUUUUAACUAACGAACCCGAGAGUGAAACGAAAUUUUUUCUCUGCCAAUCAUUUUACAGAGGGUUUGCGAAAUAGAGCGAUAGACAAAUUCAGGGAUAGUAUCUUGAAUAGCUGCGUCAACGGGUUGCAGUCAACAGGCGUUAGGAAGCACACACAUGAUCUGCGUAACCUACGAUGUUACACACUUUCAAGCAAGCCAGUGUCUGCAGAUAACUUAUGAAGGUCAUAAGCAAUACGAAAGGAGCAUAAAUAGGGCGACUACAAUGAUAAUUUCCCAUUUUAUUUAUAUCACUCGGCCGAUGCAAGGUUUAAUGCGCAUUCUGCUGCCGAAAUAUUGUGAUAUGUCGUGCGCAGACAGAUGAAAUAGGCUAAUGACUUUGCUGGCGUGAAUUUUGCUCAAUGUCCUUUGCGCUGUUGACUAUAAGCGCGUUAAUUUUUGGUCAGUAGACCCUGCUUUACCCCUGCUCCACACUCUGAACAGCAGAUUUGGUAAAAUUUAUGGCUAUCAGAACACGCCCAUUACUGGUACGUACAGUGUCAGUAUUCAGAACAUACAUGAAUGUGUGGUUACACGGUAGUAGACCAAAACAUUAAUCUCACACAUUUGGCUAGUUAAUGUUACAUGGCUGAGUUGAAAUGACUGUCAUUUUGAAUGAUUAUGUGUCAAUACGGUGACCCACUUGCCUUUGAGCCAAAGCUAUUUGCAGCAGAGGAGAUAAAUUAAUGUGUCAUGAGGCCACUCUUAAAACGAGAAAAUGAACAAAUCCGACAGGUGUCAUAGAACAUCAGCUCUCCCCUUUGUUUGAUACUAGGUUGAUGAAAAUGCCCUCAAUUGCCACCGUUGGCAAACUUAUGAUAUUAGGCGAACACUAAAUAGCGUCUCGCUGUGUUGGCAGUUCACAAACAUCCACAUAUUUUAAAUGUACGGUUACACACUAUAUCCCGAAGUUUAUAAACAUUGACUAACAUAUUUUAGGUGACUUAAAUGGAAUUACAUUAGUGAUUUAUUUGGUCAGCCUCUAAGUGUGCAAAUAACGCCUAUAAAUGUGUCGUAAGAAAAAGAGGAAUUAACUUUCGUUAUUUGUGUCUAUAUGCUCACAUAAAUAAACUAUUAGUUGUCCGAAUACCGGCAGAAAAGCGUAUUAAUUCAAUUUUUGGGAUAAACUGCAUUUUAAGAAAGAAAUUACUAAAAGCAAUGGAAUACUGAAAUUCAUACUGUCCUGCUGAUCUAGUGUUCCGCGUUUGACCGCAUAAACAUUAAGAUGAUUUGAUGCUUAUAUAUAGGGCAGUUAAUAAAGAACCCUCAAAUUAGUGUCAGGAAACGUAUAUCUUUAAAAAUCUAUUAUUGCAGAAUGUCGGCCGUCGUUUAGGCUUCAUUUCUUGACAUUCCCUUACCGUAGUACAAUAGGCGCACAUUAAUAAGGGUAACCUAAUCCCUACUUUUGACAUAAGUUCCUAAAUAUUAGUAAUGUGGAGCCUAAUAUAAUUCGAAUAAAGUCACUUAAAUGACAUGUCGUCAUCGGGCACGAGUGAAAACAACUGUUUAUUUCUACUUCAAAUCCCGAAAAAUCAUAUUUAAUAAUGAAACAUCCUACCGACGGACUCCAUAUUUAUGCCAAUUGAAUGGCUUUGGUGAAACGGAUUCAUUUCGUUUUCAAACGGGGAAUACAGCCUUGCAUUCGGUCUUAGGAGGUGGGGGAUCUGUCAUUUGUCAUAGAACAUCAGCUACCCAUUCGAUUGAUACCAAGUUGAUGAAAAUGUACUCACUUGCAACCGCUGGCAAAAGUAUGGUAUCAGACAAUUACUAUAGGACGUAUUGCCGUACUGCCUUUCACAAAAAUCCACAUUCACUGAAUGUAUGGCUGCAAAAUAUAUUCCGAAGUUUAUAAACAUUGAGUAACAUAUUUUUGAUAACUUAGGUGGAAUUGCAAUAGUGAUUUAUUUGGUCGGCUUCUAAAUGUGGAAAUAACGCGUAAAAAGUUGUCAUAACAGAAGGGAUAUUUAAUUUCGUGUUGUGUGUCUGUAUACUUAUAUCGAUAAAAUAAUUGUUGUCCGUAUACCAAUAUAAAAGCGCAUUUAUUCUUUUUUGUGGCUAUUGCACUUUUAAGAAGGACAGUACCAAAGCAGUGAAAUACUGCAUUUCAUACUGUUUUGCUGAAAUAGUGUUCCCCGUUUGAACGCACGCGCAUUUGCCCUCCAGAAAUUGUAUUAUGGUUCGGUAGUUAUAUAUAAUGCAGUUAAUAUUUAGCCCUCAAAUUAGUGUCUGGAAACGUAUAUCAUAAAAUUGCUAAUUUCUUCAAUCUAUUUAGGGUUCACUUCUUAACGUUUCCUUACCGCAAUACAGUGGGCGCAACUUAAUCGGGUUAAACUAAUAUCUACCUUUGACACAAUGUUCUAAAUAUUAGUAGUGUGCAACCUGACAUAAUUCGAAUGAACUCACUUAGACGACAUGCCGUCAUAGGACACUAGUGAAAAUAAUUGUUUUUCUACUCCAACUCCCGAAAAAUUAUAUUUAAUAAUGGAAGAUCCUCCCGACGGACUCCACUUUUGUGCCCAUUGAAUGGCCGUGGCUAAACGGAUUCAUUUCGCUUCCAAACGCGAAAUACAGCCUUGCAUUCGAUCGUAGGAGGUUUUACCAAUAAUACGUCAUAUACUGGAAACAGAAACAUCAGCAUAAACAAUGCUUACUUCGCUUCAAAUGAAAUGAUAUGAAUUCAUUGUAGUCUGUUGCUCUGGCUGUUAAACGUUCACACAACAGUGAGAUCACCGUAAUGAUAAUCCUUCAGGUUAGCGUUGCGCAGGUUGCCAUUAUAUCACAAUCGUGCAGAUCGCUUUCUAUUCGAGUGCUCCCUUUAAAAUUAUAUUUUUUAAAACUCUGAGACCCUACAUAUACACAAAUUAUGAACGUCAUCUGAUUUGCACUAUCGAAAAAGGUGAAUCUAGACUGCGAGACCAGACUGCAAACGGAGGCCCGUCUUGCAGAGGCAGGGCCCGAUCUCUUCGAUGCCUGCCAGAAGCGGAUUGAGGCUCUGAUGGAAAAGGACCCCUACAUACGUUUUCUUCGUUCGGCGUUAUACUACAAACUGAAGGAAGUGACAGGCAUCUCAGCUGUAGUCACUUCUCAUCCAAACGGCGUCCAGGACUGCGGCAACCCGGAUAAGUCAGCCAGCAUCUCCCCACCGGGCUGCGACACCUCGCCCUCCCAGUCCGUUCCCCAAAAUUCGCUGCCCCCCGAGCAGACGGCAUCGAGUCACCUGAAUGAUGAGAUGUCUGUUGUCGUACUGAACAAAACACCUGUAAAGGACUUUAAUGGCGCUUUCCCUGACGCCCCGUACAGCCCUUUACUUGAUGCCAUCGUUGUCCAUUUCCCUUGCUCCACAUCCGCAACCUCCCUGGGACGUAAAAGCAGAGAGAAAUAUCGGCCAAACAGACAUUCUCUUGACCUGAGCGAUAUAGUUAGCAAGUAG